UCAAGCAGUCUAUGUUCCAUAAGACACGUUUUCUCCUCUUCGAAUUAGGUGGGUUCUGUGGGUGUGUACCUAUAAGAUAGUAUAGAAGUUUGCCUCAUGGUUAGUUCUCUGUUGAUUCGGACCUGGCCUCAUGAAUACAGCUGCACAAUGUAUGAAACUCCGAUGGUAACUUCACAAGGCCAGUAGUUGCCCUUGGAACCUGCCAAGAGAGGAGCCUUAUCACAGCAAUGGCAGAAUCAAAUGAUUAUGCUGGGGAGUUCCUGGAGGAGUUCAGGGAGCAAAUCAUCCAUCAGGUGCAGGAUGUAGGGCCGAUAGCAAAUGAUGUGGUCUCACAGCAGCUGGUCCACGAGGAGGCAGCGUUCGAUGUGCGGAAUGCUCAAACCCCCCAAGAGGUACUAACGAUACUGUUUAAGGCUCUGGAGAUGGCACUGCCACAAAGCAGAGAGGCCUUUCUUCUGAUCCUGAGGCGACAUGAGCCCAAACUCAUGAAGGAACUGGAAAGGAGACACCAAAACAGCAAGAGCACUCAAACAGAUGUGGCGCCGGGGCCUGUUGAGAGAAGAGAUGAGAGUGUAGCAUGGCGAAAAGGUGACACCCAAUCCAAGAGGGAAUCCCUAAAACGCAGAAGACAGGAAACCAUGCAAGCCAUUGAGAAAAUAGAGAGACUCUGGGAGGGCACAAAAAGAGAGCGAGGAGAAGUGGACAGCAUGAGAGAGAAGAUCCAGAGGCAGCAGGUGGAAAUCACUCAGCUUUUAGAAGAGAGACAACAAAACGAGAGAACUAUCGAGCAGUUGAGAGUUCAGUUACAACAUGCCACAGAGCGAAUGGCACAGAGUGGGGAGGAUGCAGACAGAGAGAGAGAGGGAAUGGAACAGAUGAGGGCUGACAUCCAGACCGAGAGAGACAUGCUAGAGCACAGACGCGAGGAGAUCUUUCGUGAGCGGCAAGAGCUGGAGCUGAUAAGAUACGAGACACUAAGAACAAAGGAGGAGACGCAGAGAAACCAACAGAUCAUUAGGCUGGAGAAAGAGAAGAUGGAUCAGAUGAAGAGUGACAUCCAAGGACAGAUUUACGAAAUAGAAAAACAAAUUGAAGAGACAAAACAUGCUAAAGAAAGCAUGGAACGGAUGAAAGCUGAGGUACAAAGUGAAAAAGAUGAAUUAGAGAAUAAGAAACGUGACAUAAAGAAACAGAGAGAACAAUUCGAACAGAUAAAAAAUGAAAUUAAUACAGUUAAGGAAGAGAUGGAGAUGCGAUGGCGAGAAGCAGAGAAAGAUGAGCAGGAACAGCGAGUGUUCAUUCAACAGGAAAAAGAUCAACUACUGAGUUUGCAGGCUGAAUUAGAAAUAGCAAAGGAGGAGAUUGAAACGAACAAAGAGAAAACCAGUCAAGAGAGAGAGAGACUACACAAUCUGAAAGCAGAUUUACAUCUGGAGAAGGAUUUAAUUGAGAAGAGAAAAUCUGAGGUCUCCAGAAAAGAGAAAGAUUUGGAGAAGGUAAGAUGGGAGUUAGACACGUCACAGGAGGAGCUGGAGAGAGAAAAAGAAGAAGUGAUUAAGGAGAGAGAAAAGCUAGACUGGGCAAGAGUUGACAUCCAAAAGAAGACAAAGACCAUUGAUAGGAGGAUAGAGGAGAAGAGACAAGCAAGCCGAAAACUGGAGCAGGUGAGAGCUGAGGUCCAGAGGGCCAAAGACAUCCUGGAGAAACAGCGGGAUGAUGCCCGGAAGGCAAAGGAAGAAAUGGAGAAGCGAAAGUAUGACACAAUGAAAGAGGAGAUUGAACAUCGAGCUGGAAUACAGAGAGAGAGAGACGAAGUGGAGAGGAUGAAGGCAGAGGUCCAGAGGGUUAGUGAGAUGAACAGGAUAAAGGAAGAGAAAGAAAGGCAACAACUGAGACACUGGAGUGAAGAAGUGCAACGGGAUAAGGAGACAACUGAAAGAAUGAAAGCUGAGAUAGAAAUAGAGAAGGAAAACAUAGAGAGAAGGAGCACUGAUAUUCUGAAAGAAAGACAAGAACUGGAGGCUAUGAGGUAUGGUCUACUAAAGAACAGGGAAGAGACAGAGCAGAGCCGGGAGAUUAUAAAAAGAGAGAAAGAACGAAUGGAGAAAAUGAAAGCUCACAUACAGCUUCAGAUUGAUGAAAUUGAGCAUAAAAUAGAAGAAACAAAACAAACAAAGGACCAAAUGGACCUCAUGAAAGCAGAGAUCCAAAGAGAACGAGAUGAAGUGGAAACACAAAGGGAGAAAAAUAAGGUGGAAAAGGAACAUUACGAGUCAAUAAAGUCUGAAAUCAUUCAGCUAAAAGAUGAAAUGGAAAGAAAAUGGUCUGAGGCAGAGAAGGAAGAAAUGGAACAGAGAACAAGAACCCAACAAGAACGAGAAAAUCUGGAACAACUUAAGGAGGAGAUUCAAAAAGAAAAAGAAAACAUUGAAAUGAACAGGGAAGAAAUUAGACAAGAGAAAGAGCUGAUUGAACAAAUGAAAGCCUUUUUAAGAGGGGAGAAAGACUCUAUCAAGAAAAGAACAAAUGAUGUGAAGAAAAGGGAGGAACAGUUAAAGCAAGAAUUUGAUGCUCAGAAGGAAGAUAUCCAAAGCAGAGAGACCAAUGUACAAAAAGAGGUGGAUGAAAUCAACCAAAUGAGACAAGAACUGAAACAACAGAUGAGAGAGCUUGAGAAAAGGGUUUCUGAGGCAUCAAGGGCCCAUGAAGAGGCCGAAGAGAUAAAGGAAACAGUAAAGGAAGCUGAGAGCACCCUGGAACAACAGCGAUUGGAGACUGUUAAAGGAAGAGAGGAGAUAGAGAAAAGGAGAUAUGAGGUGGCAAUGGAGGAGUUGGAGAAACGAGCAGAGCUGCAAAGAGAGAGAGAAGAACUGGAGAACAUGAGGACAGAAAUACUUAGAUUACAACAGGACCAGGAGAGAGUGAGAGAUGCUGAUGAAAGACAGCUCUUACAGAGCAUGCUCCAAGAAAACAAGCAGGAAAAAGAAAUGAUUGAACAGUUGAGAGUUGCUAUGCAGAGGGAGAGAGAUGAUCUUGAUAAGGUUACAAGGGAAUCAAAGAAAGAACAAGAUGAGCUGGAGCAGGUACGUGAGGAAACUCUUAGACUCAAGGAGGAACUGGAUAAGAGUAGGUACGAUGGCAUUAGAGAAGAGUUACAACAGAGGACACAACAGCAGAAAGAGAGAGAGGAUAUAGAAAGAGCCAAAAAUGCAGUGGUGAGAGAGAGAGAAAUUAUUGAACAGACCCGAGAGACAGUAACACUGGAGAAGCAGAGAAUGGAACAAGUAAGGACAGAACUGGAGGAACAGACAGAAGAUGUUAAGAGAAGAUUGCGAGAAACAAGACAGGAGGAGGAACGACUGGAACAGAUGAGAGUUGAGCUCGAGAACCAAAGGGAGAAUCUGGAAAGAAUGAGAGAGGAAACGCGGAAAGAGACAGAGCCAUAUGAGCGGGUAAAACAAGAAAUAGACAGAGUCAGAGCAGAGAUUGAGAGAAUGUGGGAUGAGACUGAGAGAGAGGAAAGGGAGGAGAGAGAAAAGUUACAGGUAGAAAAAGAAGAGGUGAACAAGAGAGUGGAAGAGAUUAAAAGACAAAUGCACCAGAUCCAGGGCAUGAAGGAUGACUUAAACAAGCAGAAACAUGAGACUGAAGCCAAGAUGGAAAGAAUCCAAAGAGAGAUGGAGCAACUUGAGAAGACGAGAGCUGACAUACAGAGACAGAAAGAGGAGGUGGAGACAAAAAUGGUGGAGACAAAAAUGGAGAAGAAUGAGCUGGAGAGGAUGCGCUCAGAUAUCUUGAAACAGAGAGAGGAGGUAGAGCUCAAGAUGCAACAAGCCCAAAUGGAGAUGGAGGAAAUGAGGAGACAGAGGGAUGAGAUCCAGAAGCAACGAGAGGAGCUAGAGGACAAAAUGCAAAAGACUAAACGAGACAUGGCAGAGAUGGAGUACAUGAGAGCUGAGAUGGAGAGAAAGAGGAAGGAGGUUGAGCAGAGACUGAGGAAAACCAGGAGAAAGAGAGACGAGAUGGAACAGAUUAAAGCGGAGAUAGAGAAAGCAAAGGAUGAAUUUCAACUCAAAAGAGAAGAGACAGAGAAAGAGAAACAAGAUAUGGAGAGGUUCAUGGCUGAAAUACAAAGAGCCAGAGAUGAAUUUGACAGCAAGGCAGAAUUUAGUGACAGAGACCCAGAAGAACAGGAUAAAAUCAACAUAGAAAUCUUUCGACUGAUUCAGGAAAUGGAGAGAACGAGAGAAAUGAUUUGGAGAUCAAAAAUGGACAUGCAGAGUCAAAUGGAAGCAUGUCAUAUAGACAUCAGUGACAGAGAGCUUAUUAACACAGAGCUGCAAAGACUGAUUCAAGAGAUAGAGCACAUCCGUGAGUUGCUGAGAACAAUAAAACUAGAAACAGACCAAAGUGCACAUGCCAUUAAGAGAGAGAGGGAUGAGCUGAGAAUGGUAAGGCUAGAGAUACAAAGAAAGAGAAGAGACCUGGACCAGAGACUUGAAAGAACCCUGAGAGCAAGAGAUGAGCUGGAAAUUCUGAAAUUGAAGCUGGCACAACAGCGGGAUGAGGUGGAAGAACGGCUGAGAGAGUGUGAGAUUGAAACAGAAAAGGUAGAGACCAAGAGAGAGGAUAUGCAACAAGAUUCAGAAGCUAUACAACAGGCCCAAGAAGAGAAAAAGAAGCUGCAGUUGGACCUUGAAGACUUACAGCAACAGAAGGAAAUACUGAAGGCUGAGAUGUUGCAACUCAGACGUGGACCUGAACGGGAAAUGAAAGACGAGAAAGACUUGGAUGACUCUGGGAUGGGAGAUGAGCUAGAAAAACAUCAGCUCUCAAUCAGUAUGUCUGAGAUGGAGGAACAGCAAAAUGACAUACAGCAACAGAAAGAAAUACUCCAAAGAGAGAGAUGUGCACUAGAGGAAAUAAAGAUUGAGAUAGACAGAGAGAAAGACAAAAUAGAGAAAAUGAAGGACAGGAUCAAAGAUGAAAACAGCAGGUUGGAAACAAUGACAGAACAGCUCAACAAAGAGAGGGAAAAGGUUGAGAGUAUGAAUUUGGACUCUUUCAGAAUGAAGCAAGAGCUUGAACUAAUGCAUGCCGAGAUAGAAAGAAAGGAAGAAAAUGUUAAGUGCAGCCAAGCUCAACUUGAUGAAGACAAAAGAGUUAUUGGGGAAAAGAAAUUAGAACUGCAAAAAGAAAAGGAAGACAAUGAGAGAGAUGCCAAAAAGAUCAGCGAAGAUCUAGACAUACUUAAAAUAGAGAGAGAAAGACAAAGAGAAGAAAUACUAAAUGAAAAGGAACAGCUUGAAAAACAGAAGAGUGAAUUACUAAAUGAAAAUGUAGAGAUCCAAAAGAAAACCUCAAAAUUGGAUAUUAUUGCAAAUGAAAUAAAAAGAGAACAGAGAGAAAUAGAGGAAAAAGCAGGGGAACUUACAAAACAAAAGGAAGACUUUGAUGAAGAAAUGAGAAAACAGACAAAAGAAGUUAACGAAAGCAGAAAUGAACUUGAACAGAAAUGGAAAGAUUUAGAAAAGGUGAAGGAAUUUCUGCAGGCUGAAAUACAGCAACAAAGACAAGAUGCUCAGAAACUCCUGGAGGAUACAUUAAGAGCAGAAAAGCUGAAGAAAGAACAAAUUCAGAAUGAAAUGGAGGAACUAAAAAACAAAAUGGCUGACAUGGAAAAAAAUAUGGCUGAUCUCCAGAGACAAAAGAUGGAGGUAAAGAUGAAACAUGAUGAAUUUGAGGUAAGGAUGGAAAAAGUGAAAAUUGAUAUACAAAUACUAGAGGAAAAGGAAAUGAACAUAAAAAGACAGAAAGAAGAACUUGAUAAAAGAAUGGUUGAGACAACGAGGGAAAAACAGCUCAUUGAAAAAGAAAAAAAUUACUUAUCCGGACAAAGGGAGGAAACAGAAGCUAAAUUAAAACUCUUGAAAAAAGAAAUGGAAAAAGUGAAAAGCAUUGAAAAUGACAUUCAAAAACAGAGAGAAGAUGUAGAUGCCAAAAUACAGAAGAUGAAAAGGGAGAUGAGAGAGAUGGGACUCACUAAAGCUGAGCUGGAGGCCAAGAGAAGACAACUGGAGCACACCAUCAGAAGGAACACCAGAAAACUAAACGAGAUGGAACAAUCAAAGACAAAAAUACAACAAGCUAAAGAAGAUCUAGAUGCAGUUAUGGAGAGGAUAACACUGGAGAAGAAAGAACUUAAAGAGAUGAAAUAUAUUUUAGAAACCCAGAUUCAGAAUGACAGAAAGGAACUUGAAAGGAUUGAGAAGGAGCUUAAUCAGAAAAUCAACUUUUUGGAAACUGCACAUAACAGAUUCAGAGAAAAUGAAUAUGCACUUAAAAUGCAAAUACAAACUCUGGAGAAAACUAGGGAAGAUGUAGAAAAUGAAAGACACAAAAUGGCAAAAGUGAUUCAGGAACAAAGUGAUAUACUUGAAAAUGAGAGGCAAAUGCUUAACAAAGCAAUAGAAGAGAUACAAAAACAAAGGGAAGAAAUCAAACAGGAAAGGAAGGAAAUAGACAUGAGAAGAGUGCAGAUGGAGGAAAUUCAGAAAGAGAUAGAGACAAACAGAAAAGAAAGGCAUGAUGUUCUAAAAGAUAGAAUUAAAGAGCUUAACCAGAGGAUCGAGUUGUUUGAAAUUGAGAGCAACAAACUGAGAGAAACUCAAAAUGAACUUCAACUCCAAAGACAAACUCUUCAGACAUCUAAAGAAGACUUGGAGAAAGAAAGAGGUAAAAUGUCACAUGACUUUCAGGAACAGAGAGAUAUCCUCACAAACGAGUGGCAGAAAUUGGACGAGACUAAAGAGCAGAUGAAAAGAGAAAGGAAGGAGCUGGAUCAAGAAAGGAAAGAAAUAGGCUUGAGACUAGUUGAGAUGGAGCAGCUUCAAACGGAGGUAGGCAAAAUGAAACAAGAAGCCCAAGUUGGUAUUGAAGACAGAAUUAGAGAAGCCUCUAUUGAGACUGAACAACUUGUCAAGGCAAAGGAAGAGCUCGACACAAAAAUGCAUGAAAUAAAGAUGGAAAUGGACGCCCUUCAGAAACUCAAGGUUGAGUUGAAAAGGGAAAGAGAAGAACUUGAUAGAAAUAUGGAGCAGACAAAGAUUGAGAUUGACCAACUUGAGAUGGACAAAUCUAAUAUUCAAAGACAGAAAGAAGAGCUUGAAAAGGCCAUGUUUGACACAAAAGUUGAAAAGGAAGAUCUGGAGAGGCUAAAAUCUGACAUCUUAAAACAAAAGGAUGACACUGAGGCGAAACUGGUGACGCUGCAGCAAGAGAUGGAGGAAAUGGGAGUCUUGAAGGAUGACAUGAAGAAGCAGAAGGAUGAACUGGACGACAAGAUGCAGAAGAUGAAACGAGAGAUGGAAGAGAUGGAACUCACAAAAGCUGAGCUAGAGGCCAAAAGAAAAGAGUUGGAGCACACCAUCAGAAGAAACACCAGGAAACUGAAUGAGAUAGAACAAUCAAAGACUGACAUGCAACAAGCUAAAGAGGAGGUGGAUAAUGCAAUGAAGAAAAUCACGCUUGAGAAAGAAGAACUAAAUAAAAUGAAAGUGGUUUUGCAAAGGCAGUUUGAGGAUGAUAGAAAUGAGCUUCAAAGGAUGGAAAGGGAGCUUCAUCAAAGGAUAGGAUUGUUUGAAAUUGAGAGCAACAAACUGAGAGAAACUCAAAAUGAACUUCAACUUCAAAGACAAACUCUUCAGACAUCUAAAGAAGACCUGGAAAAAGAAAGAGGUAAAAUGUCACAUGACUUUCAGGAACAGAGAGAUAUCCUCACAAAUGAGUGGCAGAAAUUGGACGAGACUAAAGAACAGAUGAAAACAGAAAGGAAGGAGCUGGAUGAAGAGAGGAAAGAAAUAAGCUUGAGACAAGUUGAGAUGCAGCAGCUUCAAACGGAGGUAGGCAAAAUGAAACAAGAAGCCCAAGUUGGUAUUGAAGACAGAAUUAGAGAAGCCUCUAUUGAGACUGAACAACUUGUCAAGGCAAAGGAAGAGCUUGACACAAAAAUGCAUGAAAUAAAGAUGGAAAUGGACGCCCUUCAGAAACUCAAGGAUGAGUUGAAAAGGGAAAGAGAAGAACUUGAUAGAAAUAUGGAGCAGACAAAGAUUGAGAUCGACCAACUUGAGAUGAACAAAUCUAAUAUUCAAAGACAGAAAGAAGAGCUUGAAAAGGCCAUGUUUGACACAAAAGUUGAAAAGGAAGAUCUGGAGAGGCUAAAAUCUGACAUCUUAAAACAAAAGGAUGACACUGAGGCGAAACUGGUGACGCUGCAGCAAGAGAUGGAGGAAAUGGGAGUCUUGAAGGAUGACAUGAAGAAGCAGAAGGAUGAACUGGACGACAAGAUGCAGAAGAUGAAACGAGAGAUGGAAGAGAUGGAACUCACAAAAGCUGAGCUAGAGGCCAAAAGAAAAGAGUUGGAGCACACCAUCAGAAGAAACACCAGGAAACUGAAUGAGAUAGAACAAUCAAAGACUGACAUGCAACAAGCUAAAGAGGAGGUGGAUAAUGCAAUGAAGAAAAUCACGCUUGAGAAAGAAGAACUAAAUAAAAUGAAAGUGGUUUUGCAAAGGCAGUUUGAGGAUGAUAGAAAUGAGCUUCAAAGGAUGGAAAGGGAGCUUCAUCAAAGGAUAGGAUUGUUUGAAAUUGAGAGCAACAAACUGAGAGAAACUCAAAAUGAACUUCAACUUCAAAGACAAACUCUUCAGACAUCUAAAGAAGACCUGGAAAAAGAAAGAGGUAAAAUGUCACAUGACUUUCAGGAACAGAGAGAUAUCCUCACAAACGCGUGGCAGAAAUUGGACGAGACUAAACAACAGAUGAAAAGAGAAAGGAAGGAGCUGGAUCAAGAAAGGAAAGAAAUAGGCUUGAGACAAGUUGAGAUGGAGCAGCUUCAAACGGAGGUAGGCAAAAUGAAACAAGAAGCCAAAGUUGGUCUUGAAGACAGAAUUAGAGAAGCCUCUAUUGAGACUGAACAACUUGUCAAGGCAAAGGAAGAGCUCGACACAAAAAAGGAUGAAAGAAAAAUGGAAAGGGACACCCUUCAGAAACUCAAGGAUGAGUUGAAAAGGGAAAGAGAAGAACUUGAUAGAAAUAUGGAGCAGACAAAGAUUGAGAUCGACCAACUUGAGAUGGAAAAAUCUAAUAUUCAAAGACAGAAAGAAGAGCUUGAAAAGGCCAUGUUUGACACAAAAGUUGAAAAGGAAGAUCUGGAGAGGCUAAAAUCUGACAUCUUAAAACAAAAGGAGGACACUGAGGCGAAAAUGGUGACGCUGCAGCAAGAAAUGGAGGAAAUGGGUGUCAUGAAGGAAGACAUGAAGAAGCAGAAGGAUGAACUGGACGACAAGAUGCAGAAGAUGAAACGAGAGAUGGAAGAGAUGGAACUCACAAAAGCUGAGCUAGAGGCCAAAAGAAAAGAGUUGGAGCACACCAUCAGAAGAAACACCAGGAAAAUGAAUGAGAUGGAACAAUCAAGGACUGACAUGCAACAAGCUAAAGAGGAGGUGGAUAAUGCAAUGAAGAAAAUCAUGCUUGAGAAGGAAGAACUAAAUGAAAUGAAAGUGGUUUUGCAAAGGCAGUUUGAGGAUGAUAGAAAUGAGCUUCAAAGGAUGGAAAGGGAGCUUCAUCAAAGGAUAGGUUUGUUUGAAAUUGAGAGCAACAAACUGAGAGAAACUCAAAAUGAACUUCAACUUCAACGACAAACUCUUCAGACAUCUAAAGAAGACUUGGAAAAGGAAAGAGGAAAAAUGUCACAUGACUUUCAGGUACAGAGAGAUAUCCUCACAGACGAGUGGCAGAAAUUGAACGAGACUAAGGAACAGAUGAAAAGAGAAAGGAAGGAGCUGGAUGAAGAGAGGAAAGAAAUAGGCUUGAGACAAGUUGAGAUAGAGCAGCUUCAAACGGAGGUAGGCAAAAUGAAACAAGAAGCCCAACUUGGUAUUGAAGACAGGGUUAGAGAAGCCUCUAUUGAGACUGAACAACUUGUCAAGGCAAAGGAAGAACUCGACACAAAAAUGCAUGACAUAAAGAUGGAAAUGGACGCCCUUCAGAAACUCAAGGAUGAGUUGAAAAGGGAAAGAGAAGAACUUGAUAGAAAUAUGGAGCAGACAAAGAUUGAGAUUGACCAACUUGAGAUAGUCAAAUCCGAUAUUCAAAGACAGAAAGUAGAGCUUGAAAAGGCAAUGUUUGACACAAAGGUUGAAAAGCAAGAUCUGGAGAGGCUAAAAUCUGACAUCUUAAAACAAAAGGAGGACACUGAGGCGAAACUGGUGACGCUGCACCAAGAGAUGGAGGAAAUGGGAGUCUUGAAGGAUGACAUGAAGAAGCAGAAGGAUGAACUGGACGACAAGAUGCAGAAGAUGAAACGAGAGAUGGAAGAGAUGGAACUCACAAAAGCUGAGCUAGAGGCCAAAAGAAAAGAGUUGGAGCACACCAUCAGAAGAAACACCAGGAAACUGAAUGAGAUAGAACAAUCAAAGACUGACAUGCAACAAGCUAAAGAGGAGGUGGAUAAUGCAAUGAAGAAAAUCACGCUUGAGAAGGAAGAACUAAAUGAAAUGAAAGUGGUUUUGCAAAGGCAGUUUGAGGAUGAUAGAAAUGAGCUUCAAAGGAUGGAAAGGGAGCUUCAACAAAGGAUAGGGUUGUUUGAAAUUGAGAGCAACAGUCUGAGAGAAACUCAAAAUGAACUUCAACUUCAAAGACAAACUCUUCAGACAUCUAAAGAAGACUUGGAAAAAGAAAGAGGUAAAAUGUCACAUGACUUUCAGGAACAGAGAGAUAUCCUCACAAACGCGUGGCAGAAAUUGGACGAGACUAAACAACAGAUGAAAAGAGAAAGGAAGGAGCUGGAUCAAGAAAGGAAAGAAAUAGGCUUGAGACAAGUUGAGAUGGAGCAGCUUCAAACGGAGGUAGGCAAAAUGAAACAAGAAGCCCAAGUUGGUAUUGAAGACAGAAUUAGAGAAGCCUCUAUUGAGACUGAACAACUUGUCAAGGCAAAGGAAGAGCUUGACACAAAAAUGCAUGAAAUAAAGAUGGAAAUGGACGCCCUUCAGAAACUCAAGGAUGAGUUGAAAAGGGAAAGAGAAGAACUUGAUAGAAAUAUGGAGCAGACAAAGAUUGGGAUCGACCAACUUGAGAUGAAAAAAUCUAAUAUUCAAAGACAGAAAGAAGAGCUUGAAAAGGCCAUGUUUGACACAAAAGUUGAAAAGGAAGAUCUGGAGAGGCUAAAAUCUGACAUCUUAAAACAAAAGGAGGACACUGAGGCGAAAAUGGUGACGCUGCAGCAAGAGAUGGAGGAAAUGGGUGUCAUGAAGGAAGACAUGAAGAAGCAGAAGGAUGAACUGGACGACAAGAUGCAGAAGAUGAAACGAGAGAUGGAAGAGAUGGAACUCACAAAAGCUGAGCUAGAGGCCAAAAGAAAAGAGUUGGAGCACACCAUCAGAAGAAACACCAGGAAAAUGAAUGAGAUGGAACAAUCAAGGACUGACAUGCAACAAGCUAAAGAGGAGGUGGAUAAUGCAAUGAAGAAAAUCACGCUGGAGAAGGAAGAACUAAAUGAAAUGAAAGUGGUUUUGCAAAGGCAGUUUGAGGAUGAUAGAAAUGAGCUUCAAAGGAUGGAAAGGGAGCUCCAUCAAAGGAUAGGGUUGUUUGAAAUUGAGAGCAACAAACUGAGAGAAACUCAAAAUGAACUUCAACUUCAAAGACAAACUCUUCAGACAUCUAAAGAAGACUUGGAAAAGGAAAGAGGAAAAAUGUCACAUGACUUUAACGUACAGAGAGAUAUCCUCACAAACGAGUGGCAGAAAUUGGACGAGACUAAACAACAGAUGAAAAGAGAAAGGAAGGAGCUGGAUGUUGAGAGGAAAGAAAUAGGCUUGAGACAAGUUGAGAUGGAGCAGCUUCAAACGGAGGUAGGCAAAAUGAAACAAGAAGCCCAAGUUGGUAUUGAAGACAGAAUUAGAGAAGCCUCUAUUGAGACUGAACAACUUGUCAAGGCAAAGUUAGAACUCGACACAAAAAUGCAUGAAAUAAAGAUGGAAAUGGACGCCCUUCAGAAACUCAAGGAUGAGUUGAAAAGGGAAAGAGAAGAACUUGAUAGAAAUAUGGAGCAGACAAAGUUUGAGAUCGACCAACUUGAGAUGAAAAAAUCUAAUAUUCAAAGACAGAAAGAAGAGCUUGAAAAGGCCAUGUUUGACACAAAAGUUGAAAAGGAAGAUCUGGAGAGGCUAAAAUCUGACAUCUUAAAACAAAAGGAGGACACUGAGGCGAAAAUGGUGACGCUGCAGCAAGAGAUGGAGGAAAUGGGUGUCAUGAAGGAAGACAUGAAGAAGCAGAAGGAUGAACUGGACGACAAGAUGCAGAAGAUGAAACGAGAGAUGGAAGAGAUGGAACUCACAAAAGCUGAGCUAGAGGCCAAAAGAAAAGAGUUGGAGCACACCAUCAGAAGAAACACCAGGAAAAUGAAUGAGAUGGAACAAUCAAGGACUGACAUGCAACAAGCUAAAGAGGAGGUGGAUAAUGCAAUGAAGAAAAUCACGCUGGAGAAGGAAGAACUAAAUGAAAUGAAAGUGGUUUUGCAAAGGCAGUUUGAGGAUGAUAGAAAUGAGCUUCAAAGGAUGGAAAGGGAGCUUCAUCAAAGGAUAGGGUUGUUUGAAAUUGAGAGCAACAAACUGAGAGAAACUCAAAAUGAACUUCAACUUCAAAGACAAACUCUUCAGACAUCUAAAGAAGACUUGGAAAAGGAAAGAGGAAAAAUGUCACAUGACUUUAACGUACAGAGAGAUAUCCUCACAAACGAGUGGCAGAAAUUGGACGAGACUAAACAACAGAUGAAAAGAGAAAGGAAGGAGCUGGAUGUUGAGAGGAAAGAAAUAGGCUUGAGACAAGUUGAGAUGGAGCAGCUUCAAACCGAGGUAGGCAAAAUGAAACAAGAAGCCCAAGUUGGUAUUGAAGACAGAAUUAGAGAAGCCUCUAUUGAGACUGAACAACUUGUCAAGGCAAAGUUAGAACUCGACACAAAAAUGCAUGAAAUAAAGAUGGAAAUGGACGCCCUUCAGAAACUCAAGGAUGAGUUGAAAAGGGAAAGAGAAGAACUUGAUAGAAAUAUGGAGCAGACAAAGUUUGAAAUCGACCAACUUGAGAUGGACAAAUCUAAUAUUCAAAGACAGAAAGAAGAGCUUGAAAAGGCCAUGUUUGACACAAAAGUUGAAAAGGAAAAUCUGGAGAGGCUAAAAUCUGACAUCUUAAAACAAAAGGAGGACACUGAGGCGAAACUGGUGACGCUGCAGCAAGAGGUGGAGGAAAUGGGAGUCUUGAAGGAUGACAUGAAGAAGCAGAAGGAUGAACUGGACGACAAGAUGCAGAAGAUGAAACGAGAGAUGGAAGAGAUGGAACUCACAAAAGCUGAGCUAGAGGCCAAAAGAAAAGAGUUGGAGCACACCAUCAGAAGAAACACCAGGAAACUGAAUGAGAUAGAACAAUCAAAGACUGACAUGCAACAAGCUAAAGAGGAGGUGGAUAAUGCAAUGAAGAAAAUCACGCUUGAGAAGGAAGAACUAAAUGAAAUGAAAGUGGUUUUGCCAAGGCAGUUUGAGGAUGAUAGAAAUGAGCUUCAAAGGAUGGAAAGGGAGCUUCAACAAAGGAUAGGGUUGUUUGAAAUUGAGAGCAACAGUCUGAGAGAAACUCAAAAUGAACUUCAACUUCAAAGACAAACUCUUCAGACAUCUAAAGAAGACUUGGAAAAAGAAAGAGGUAAAAUGUCACAUGACUUUCAGGAACAGAGAGAUAUCCUCACAAACGCGUGGCAGAAAUUGGACGAGACUAAACAACAGAUGAAAAGAGAAAGGAAGGAGCUGGAUCAAGAAAGGAAAGAAAUAGGCUUGAGACAAGUUGAGAUGGAGCAGCUUCAAACGGAGGUAGGCAAAAUGAAACAAGAAGCCCAAGUUGGUAUUGAAGACAGAAUUAGAGAAGCCUCUAUUGAGACUGAACAACUUGUCAAGGCAAAGUUAGAACUCGACACAAAAAUGCAUGAAAUAAAGAUGGAAAUGGACGCCCUUCAGAAACUCAAGGAUGAGUUGAAAAGGGAAAGAGAAGAACUUGAUAGAAAUAUGGAGCAGACAAAGUUUGAGAUCGACCAACUUGAGAUGGACAAAUCUAAUAUUCAAAGACAGAAAGAAGAGCUUGAAAAGGCCAUGUUUGACACAAAAGUUGAAAAGGAAGAUCUGGAGAGGCUAAAAUCUGACAUCUUAAAACAAAAGGAGGACACUGAGGCGAAACUGGUGACGCUGCAGCAAGAGAUGGAGGAAAUGGGAGUCUUGAAGGAUGACAUGAAGAAGCAGAAGGAUGAACUGGAUGACAAGAUGCAGAAGAUGAAACGAGAGAUGGAAGAGAUGGAACUCACAAAAGCUGAGCUAGAGGCCAAAAGAAAAGAGUUGGAGCACACCAUCAGAAGAAACACCAGGAAACUGAAUGAGAUAGAACAAUCAAAGACUGACAUGCAACAAGCUAAAGAGGAGGUGGAUAAUGCAAUGAAGAAAAUCACGCUUGAGAAGGAAGAAUUAAAUGAAAUGAAAGUGGUUUUGCAAAGGCAGUUCGAGGAUGAUAGAAAUGAGCUUCAAAGGAUGGAAAGGGAGCUUCAACAAAGGAUAGGGUUGUUUGAAAUUGAGAGCAACAAACUGAGAGAAACUCAAAAUGAACUUCAACUUCAAAGACAAACUCUUCAGACAUCUAAAGAAGACUUGGAAAAAGAAAGGGGUAAAAUGUCACAUGACUUUCAGGAACAGAGAGAUAUCCUUACAAACGAGUGGCAAAAAUAUGACGAGACUAAAGAACAGAUGAAAAGAGAAAGGAAGGAGCUGGAUCAAGAAAGGAAAGAAUUAGGCUUGAGACAAGUUGAGAUGGAGCAGCUUCAAACGGAGCUAGGCAAAAUGAAACAAGAAGCCCAAGUUGGUCUUGAAGACAGAAUUACAGAAGCCUCUAUUGAGACUGAACAACUUGUCAAGGCAAAGGAAGAGCUCGACACAAAAAAGGAUGAAAGAAAAAUGGAAAGGGACGCCCUUCAGAAACUCAAGGAUGAGUUGAAAAGGGAAAGAGAAGAACUUGAUAGAAAUAUGGAGCAGACAAAGAUUGAGAUCGACCAACUUGAGAUGGAAAAAUCUAAUAUUCAAAGACAGAAAGAAGAGCUUGAAAAGGCCAUGUUUGACACAAAAGUUGAAAAGGAAGAUCUGGAGAGGCUAAAAUCUGACAUCUUAAAACAAAAGGAGGACACUGAGGCGAAAAUGGUGACGCUGCAGCAAGAAAUGGAGGAAAUGGGUGUCAUGAAGGAAGACAUGAAGAAGCAGAAGGAUGAACUGGACGACAAGAUGCAGAAGAUGAAACGAGAGAUGGAAGAGAUGGAACUCACAAAAGCUGAGCUAGAGGCCAAAAGAAAAGAGUUGGAGCACACCAUCAGAAGAAACACCAGGAAAAUGAAUGAGAUGGAACAAUCAAGGACUGACAUGCAACAAGCUAAAGAGGAGGUGGAUAAUGCAAUGAAGAAAAUCAUGCUUGAGAAGGAAGAACUAAAUGAAAUGAAAGUGGUUUUGCAAAGGCAGUUUGAGGAUGAUAGAAAUGAGCUUCAAAGGAUGGAAAGGGAGCUUCAUCAAAGGAUAGGUUUGUUUGAAAUUGAGAGCAACAAACUGAGAGAAACUCAAAAUGAACUUCAACUUCAACGACAAACUCUUCAGACAUCUAAAGAAGACUUGGAAAAGGAAAGAGGAAAAAUGUCACAUGACUUUCAGGUACAGAGAGAUAUCCUCACAGACGAGUGGCAGAAAUUGAACGAGACUAAGGAACAGAUGAAAAGAGAAAGGAAGGAGCUGGAUGUUGAGAGGAAAGAAAUAGGCUUGAGACAAGUUGAGAUAGAGCAGCUUCAAACGGAGGUAGGCAAAAUGAAACAAGAAGCCCAACUUGGUAUUGAAGACAGGGUUAGAGAAGCCUCUAUUGAGACUGAACAACUUGUCAAGGCAAAGGAAGAACUCGACACAAAAAUGCAUGACAUAAAGAUGGAAAUGGACGCCCUUCAGAAACUCAAGGAUGAGUUGAAAAGGGAAAGAGAAGAACUUGAUAGAAAUAUGGAGCAGACAAAGAUUGAGAUUGACCAACUUGAGAUAGUCAAAUCCGAUAUUCAAAGACAGAAAGUAGAGCUUGAAAAGGCAAUGUUUGACACAAAGGUUGAAAAGCAAGAUCUGGAGAGGCUAAAAUCUGACAUCUUAAAACAAAAGGAGGACACUGAGGCGAAACUGGUGACGCUGCACCAAGAGAUGGAGGAAAUGGGAGUCUUGAAGGAUGACAUGAAGAAGCAGAAGGAUGAACUGGACGACAAGAUGCAGAAGAUGAAACGAGAGAUGGAAGAGAUGGAACUCACAAAAGCUGAGCUAGAGGCCAAAAGAAAAGAGUUGGAGCACACCAUCAGAAGAAACACCAGGAAACUGAAUGAGAUAGAACAAUCAAAGACUGACAUGCAACAAGCUAAAGAGGAGGUGGAUAAUGCAAUGAAGAAAAUCACGCUUGAGAAGGAAGAACUAAAUGAAAUGAAAGUGGUUUUGCAAAGGCAGUUUGAGGAUGAUAGAAAUGAGCUUCAAAGGAUGGAAAGGGAGCUUCAACAAAGGAUAGGGUUGUUUGAAAUUGAGAGCAACAGUCUGAGAGAAACUCAAAAUGAACUUCAACUUCAAAGACAAACUCUUCAGACAUCUAAAGAAGACUUGGAAAAAGAAAGAGGUAAAAUGUCACAUGACUUUCAGGAACAGAGAGAUAUCCUCACAAACGCGUGGCAGAAAUUGGACGAGACUAAACAACAGAUGAAAAGAGAAAGGAAGGAGCUGGAUCAAGAAAGGAAAGAAAUAGGCUUGAGACAAGUUGAGAUGGAGCAGCUUCAAACGGAGGUAGGCAAAAUGAAACAAGAAGCCCAAGUUGGUAUUGAAGACAGAAUUAGAGAAGCCUCUAUUGAGACUGAACAACUUGUCAAGGCAAAGGAAGAGCUUGACACAAAAAUGCAUGAAAUAAAGAUGGAAAUGGACGCCCUUCAGAAACUCAAGGAUGAGUUGAAAAGGGAAAGAGAAGAACUUGAUAGAAAUAUGGAGCAGACAAAGAUUGGGAUCGACCAACUUGAGAUGAAAAAAUCUAAUAUUCAAAGACAGAAAGAAGAGCUUGAAAAGGCCAUGUUUGACACAAAAGUUGAAAAGGAAGAUCUGGAGAGGCUAAAAUCUGACAUCUUAAAACAAAAGGAGGACACUGAGGCGAAAAUGGUGACGCUGCAGCAAGAGAUGGAGGAAAUGGGUGUCAUGAAGGAAGACAUGAAGAAGCAGAAGGAUGAACUGGACGACAAGAUGCAGAAGAUGAAACGAGAGAUGGAAGAGAUGGAACUCACAAAAGCUGAGCUAGAGGCCAAAAGAAAAGAGUUGGAGCACACCAUCAGAAGAAACACCAGGAAAAUGAAUGAGAUGGAACAAUCAAGGACUGACAUGCAACAAGCUAAAGAGGAGGUGGAUAAUGCAAUGAAGAAAAUCACGCUGGAGAAGGAAGAACUAAAUGAAAUGAAAGUGGUUUUGCAAAGGCAGUUUGAGGAUGAUAGAAAUGAGCUUCAAAGGAUGGAAAGGGAGCUCCAUCAAAGGAUAGGGUUGUUUGAAAUUGAGAGCAACAAACUGAGAGAAACUCAAAAUGAACUUCAACUUCAAAGACAAACUCUUCAGACAUCUGAAGAAGACUUGGAAAAGGAAAGAGGAAAAAUGUCACAUGACUUUAACGUACAGAGAGAUAUCCUCACAAACGAGUGGCAGAAAUUGGACGAGACUAAACAACAGAUGAAAAGAGAAAGGAAGGAGCUGGAUGUUGAGAGGAAAGAAAUAGGCUUGAGACAAGUUGAGAUGGAGCAGCUUCAAACGGAGGUAGGCAAAAUGAAACAAGAAGCCCAAGUUGGUAUUGAAGACAGAAUUAGAGAAGCCUCUAUUGAGACUGAACAACUUGUCAAGGCAAAGUUAGAACUCGACACAAAAAUGCAUGAAAUAAAGAUGGAAAUGGACGCCCUUCAGAAACUCAAGGAUGAGUUGAAAAGGGAAAGAGAAGAACUUGAUAGAAAUAUGGAGCAGACAAAGUUUGAGAUCGACCAACUUGAGAUGAAAAAAUCUAAUAUUCAAAGACAGAAAGAAGAGCUUGAAAAGGCCAUGUUUGACACAAAAGUUGAAAAGGAAGAUCUGGAGAGGCUAAAAUCUGACAUCUUAAAACAAAAGGAGGACACUGAGGCGAAAAUGGUGACGCUGCAGCAAGAAAUGGAGGAAAUGGGUGUCAUGAAGGAAGACAUGAAGAAGCAGAAGGAUGAACUGGACGACAAGAUGCAGAAGAUGAAACGAGAGAUGGAAGAGAUGGAACUCACAAAAGCUGAGCUAGAGGCCAAAAGAAAAGAGUUGGAGCACACCAUCAGAAGAAACACCAGGAAAAUGAAUGAGAUGGAACAAUCAAGGACUGACAUGCAACAAGCUAAAGAGGAGGUGGAUAAUGCAAUGAAGAAAAUCAUGCUUGAGAAGGAAGAACUAAAUGAAAUGAAAGUGGUUUUGCAAAGGCAGUUUGAGGAUGAUAGAAAUGAGCUUCAAAGGAUGGAAAGGGAGCUUCAUCAAAGGAUAGGUUUGUUUGAAAUUGAGAGCAACAAACUGAGAGAAACUCAAAAUGAACUUCAACUUCAACGACAAACUCUUCAGACAUCUAAAGAAGACUUGGAAAAGGAAAGAGGAAAAAUGUCACAUGACUUUCAGGUACAGAGAGAUAUCCUCACAGACGAGUGGCAGAAAUUGAACGAGACUAAGGAACAGAUGAAAAGAGAAAGGAAGGAGCUGGAUGUUGAGAGGAAAGAAAUAGGCUUGAGACAAGUUGAGAUAGAGCAGCUUCAAACGGAGGUAGGCAAAAUGAAACAAGAAGCCCAACUUGGUAUUGAAGACAGGGUUAGAGAAGCCUCUAUUGAGACUGAACAACUUGUCAAGGCAAAGGAAGAACUCGACACAAAAAUGCAUGACAUAAAGAUGGAAAUGGACGCCCUUCAGAAACUCAAGGAUGAGUUGAAAAGGGAAAGAGAAGAACUUGAUAGAAAUAUGGAGCAGACAAAGAUUGAGAUUGACCAACUUGAGAUAGUCAAAUCCGAUAUUCAAAGACAGAAAGUAGAGCUUGAAAAGGCAAUGUUUGACACAAAGGUUGAAAAGCAAGAUCUGGAGAGGCUAAAAUCUGACAUCUUAAAACAAAAGGAGGACACUGAGGCGAAACUGGUGACGCUGCACCAAGAGAUGGAGGAAAUGGGAGUCUUGAAGGAUGACAUGAAGAAGCAGAAGGAUGAACUGGACGACAAGAUGCAGAAGAUGAAACGAGAGAUGGAAGAGAUGGAACUCACAAAAGCUGAGCUAGAGGCCAAAAGAAAAGAGUUGGAGCACACCAUCAGAAGAAACACCAGGAAACUGAAUGAGAUAGAACAAUCAAAGACUGACAUGCAACAAGCUAAAGAGGAGGUGGAUAAUGCAAUGAAGAAAAUCACGCUUGAGAAGGAAGAACUAAAUGAAAUGAAAGUGGUUUUGCAAAGGCAGUUUGAGGAUGAUAGAAAUGAGCUUCAAAGGAUGGAAAGGGAGCUUCAACAAAGGAUAGGGUUGUUUGAAAUUGAGAGCAACAGUCUGAGAGAAACUCAAAAUGAACUUCAACUUCAAAGACAAACUCUUCAGACAUCUAAAGAAGACUUGGAAAAAGAAAGAGGUAAAAUGUCACAUGACUUUCAGGAACAGAGAGAUAUCCUCACAAACGCGUGGCAGAAAUUGGACGAGACUAAACAACAGAUGAAAAGAGAAAGGAAGGAGCUGGAUCAAGAAAGGAAAGAAAUAGGCUUGAGACAAGUUGAGAUGGAGCAGCUUCAAACGGAGGUAGGCAAAAUGAAACAAGAAGCCCAAGUUGGUAUUGAAGACAGAAUUAGAGAAGCCUCUAUUGAGACUGAACAACUUGUCAAGGCAAAGGAAGAGCUUGACACAAAAAUGCAUGAAAUAAAGAUGGAAAUGGACGCCCUUCAGAAACUCAAGGAUGACUUGAAAAGGGAAAGAGAAGAACUUGAUAGAAAUAUGGAGCAGACAAAGAUUGGGAUCGACCAACUUGAGAUGAAAAAAUCUAAUAUUCAAAGACAGAAAGAAGAGCUUGAAAAGGCCAUGUUUGACACAAAAGUUGAAAAGGAAGAUCUGGAGAGGCUAAAAUCUGACAUCUUAAAACAAAAGGAGGACACUGAGGCGAAAAUGGUGACGCUGCAGCAAGAGAUGGAGGAAAUGGGUGUCAUGAAGGAAGACAUGAAGAAGCAGAAGGAUGAACUGGACGACAAGAUGCAGAAGAUGAAACGAGAGAUGGAAGAGAUGGAACUCACAAAAGCUGAGCUAGAGGCCAAAAGAAAAGAGUUGGAGCACACCAUCAGAAGAAACACCAGGAAAAUGAAUGAGAUGGAACAAUCAAGGACUGACAUGCAACAAGCUAAAGAGGAGGUGGAUAAUGCAAUGAAGAAAAUCACGCUGGAGAAGGAAGAACUAAAUGAAAUGAAAGUGGUUUUGCAAAGGCAGUUUGAGGAUGAUAGAAAUGAGCUUCAAAGGAUGGAAAGGGAGCUCCAUCAAAGGAUAGGGUUGUUUGAAAUUGAGAGCAACAAACUGAGAGAAACUCAAAAUGAACUUCAACUUCAAAGACAAACUCUUCAGACAUCUAAAGAAGACUUGGAAAAGGAAAGAGGAAAAAUGUCACAUGACUUUAACGUACAGAGAGAUAUCCUCACAAACGAGUGGCAGAAAUUGGACGAGACUAAACAACAGAUGAAAAGAGAAAGGAAGGAGCUGGAUGUUGAGAGGAAAGAAAUAGGCUUGAGACAAGUUGAGAUGGAGCAGCUUCAAACGGAGGUAGGCAAAAUGAAACAAGAAGCCCAAGUUGGUAUUGAAGACAGAAUUAGAGAAGCCUCUAUUGAGACUGAACAACUUGUCAAGGCAAAGUUAGAACUCGACACAAAAAUGCAUGAAAUAAAGAUGGAAAUGGACGCCCUUCAGAAACUCAAGGAUGAGUUGAAAAGGGAAAGAGAAGAACUUGAUAGAAAUAUGGAGCAGACAAAGUUUGAGAUCGACCAACUUGAGAUGAAAAAAUCUAAUAUUCAAAGACAGAAAGAAGAGCUUGAAAAGGCCAUGUUUGACACAAAAGUUGAAAAGGAAGAUCUGGAGAGGCUAAAAUCUGACAUCUUAAAACAAAAGGAGGACACUGAGGCGAAAAUGGUGACGCUGCAGCAAGAGAUGGAGGAAAUGGGUGUCAUGAAGGAAGACAUGAAGAAGCAGAAGGAUGAACUGGACGACAAGAUGCAGAAGAUGAAACGAGAGAUGGAAGAGAUGGAACUCACAAAAGCUGAGCUAGAGGCCAAAAGAAAAGAGUUGGAGCACACCAUCAGAAGAAACACCAGGAAAAUGAAUGAGAUGGAACAAUCAAGGACUGACAUGCAACAAGCUAAAGAGGAGGUGGAUAAUGCAAUGAAGAAAAUCACGCUGGAGAAGGAAGAACUAAAUGAAAUGAAAGUGGUUUUGCAAAGGCAGUUUGAGGAUGAUAGAAAUGAGCUUCAAAGGAUGGAAAGGGAGCUCCAUCAAAGGAUAGGGUUGUUUGAAAUUGAGAGCAACAAACUGAGAGAAACUCAAAAUGAACUUCAACUUCAAAGACAAACUCUUCAGACAUCUAAAGAAGACUUGGAAAAGGAAAGAGGAAAAAUGUCACAUGACUUUAACGUACAGAGAGAUAUCCUCACAAACGAGUGGCAGAAAUUGGACGAGACUAAACAACAGAUGAAAAGAGAAAGGAAGGAGCUGGAUGUUGAGAGGAAAGAAAUAGGCUUGAGACAAGUUGAGAUGGAGCAGCUUCAAACGGAGGUAGGCAAAAUGAAACAAGAAGCCCAAGUUGGUAUUGAAGACAGAAUUAGAGAAGCCUCUAUUGAGACUGAACAACUUGUCAAGGCAAAGUUAGAACUCGACACAAAAAUGCAUGAAAUAAAGAUGGAAAUGGACGCCCUUCAGAAACUCAAGGAUGAGUUGAAAAGGGAAAGAGAAGAACUUGAUAGAAAUAUGGAGCAGACAAAGUUUGAGAUCGACCAACUUGAGAUGAAAAAAUCUAAUAUUCAAAGACAGAAAGAAGAGCUUGAAAAGGCCAUGUUUGACACAAAAGUUGAAAAGGAAGAUCUGGAGAGGCUAAAAUCUGACAUCUUAAAACAAAAGGAGGACACUGAGGCGAAAAUGGUGACGCUGCAGCAAGAGAUGGAGGAAAUGGGUGUCAUGAAGGAAGACAUGAAGAAGCAGAAGGAUGAACUGGACGACAAGAUGCAGAAGAUGAAACGAGAGAUGGAAGAGAUGGAACUCACAAAAGCUGAGCUAGAGGCCAAAAGAAAAGAGUUGGAGCACACCAUCAGAAGAAACACCAGGAAAAUGAAUGAGAUGGAACAAUCAAGGACUGACAUGCAACAAGCUAAAGAGGAGGUGGAUAAUGCAAUGAAGAAAAUCACGCUGGAGAAGGAAGAACUAAAUGAAAUGAAAGUGGUUUUGCAAAGGCAGUUUGAGGAUGAUAGAAAUGAGCUUCAAAGGAUGGAAAGGGAGCUUCAUCAAAGGAUAGGGUUGUUUGAAAUUGAGAGCAACAAACUGAGAGAAACUCAAAAUGAACUUCAACUUCAAAGACAAACUCUUCAGACAUCUAAAGAAGACUUGGAAAAGGAAAGAGGAAAAAUGUCACAUGACUUUAACGUACAGAGAGAUAUCCUCACAAACGAGUGGCAGAAAUUGGACGAGACUAAACAACAGAUGAAAAGAGAAAGGAAGGAGCUGGAUGUUGAGAGGAAAGAAAUAGGCUUGAGACAAGUUGAGAUGGAGCAGCUUCAAACGGAGGUAGGCAAAAUGAAACAAGAAGCCCAAGUUGGUAUUGAAGACAGAAUUAGAGAAGCCUCUAUUGAGACUGAACAACUUGUCAAGGCAAAGUUAGAACUCGACACAAAAAUGCAUGAAAUAAAGAUGGAAAUGGACGCCCUUCAGAAACUCAAGGAUGAGUUGAAAAGGGAAAGAGAAGAACUUGAUAGAAAUAUGGAGCAGACAAAGUUUGAAAUCGACCAACUUGAGAUGGACAAAUCUAAUAUUCAAAGACAGAAAGAAGAGCUUGAAAAGGCCAUGUUUGACACAAAAGUUGAAAAGGAAAAUCUGGAGAGGCUAAAAUCUGACAUCUUAAAACAAAAGGAGGACACUGAGGCGAAACUGGUGACGCUGCAGCAAGAGAUGGAGGAAAUGGGAGUCUUGAAGGAUGACAUGAAGAAGCAGAAGGAUGAACUGGACGACAAGAUGCAGAAGAUGAAACGAGAGAUGGAAGAGAUGGAACUCACAAAAGCUGAGCUAGAGGCCAAAAGAAAAGAGUUGGAGCACACCAUCAGAAGAAACACCAGGAAAAUGAAUGAGAUGGAACAAUCAAGGACUGACAUGCAACAAGCUAAAGAGGAGGUGGAUAAUGCAAUGAAGAAAAUCACGCUGGAGAAGGAAGAACUAAAUGAAAUGAAAGUGGUUUUGCAAAGGCAGUUUGAGGAUGAUAGAAAUGAGCUUCAAAGGAUGGAAAGGGAGCUUCAUCAAAGGAUAGGGUUGUUUGAAAUUGAGAGCAACAAACUGAGAGAAACUCAAAAUGAACUUCAACUUCAAAGACAAACUCUUCAGACAUCUAAAGAAGACUUGGAAAAGGAAAGAGGAAAAAUGUCACAUGACUUUAACGUACAGAGAGAUAUCCUCACAAACGAGUGGCAGAAAUUGGACGAGACUAAACAACAGAUGAAAAGAGAAAGGAAGGAGCUGGAUGUUGAGAGGAAAGAAAUAGGCUUGAGACAAGUUGAGAUGGAGCAGCUUCAAACGGAGGUAGGCAAAAUGAAACAAGAAGCCCAAGUUGGUAUUGAAGACAGAAUUAGAGAAGCCUCUAUUGAGACUGAACAACUUGUCAAGGCAAAGUUAGAACUCGACACAAAAAUGCAUGAAAUAAAGAUGGAAAUGGACGCCCUUCAGAAACUCAAGGAUGAGUUGAAAAGGGAAAGAGAAGAACUUGAUAGAAAUAUGGAGCAGACAAAGUUUGAAAUCGACCAACUUGAGAUGGACAAAUCUAAUAUUCAAAGACAGAAAGAAGAGCUUGAAAAGGCCAUGUUUGACACAAAAGUUGAAAAGGAAAAUCUGGAGAGGCUAAAAUCUGACAUCUUAAAACAAAAGGAGGACACUGAGGCGAAACUGGUGACGCUGCAGCAAGAGAUGGAGGAAAUGGGAGUCUUGAAGGAUGACAUGAAGAAGCAGAAGGAUGAACUGGACGACAAGAAGCAGAAGAUGAAACGAGAGAUGGAAGAGAUGGAACUCACAAAAGCUGAGCUAGAGGCCAAAAGAAAAGAGUUGGAGCACACCAUCAGAAGAAACACCAGGAAACUGAAUGAGAUAGAACAAUCAAAGACUGACAUGCAACAAGCUAAAGAGGAGGUGGAUAAUGCAAUGAAGAAAAUCACGCUUGAGAAGGAAGAACUAAAUGAAAUGAAAGUGGUUUUGCAAAGGCAGUUUGAGGAUGAUAGAAAUGAGCUUCAAAGGAUGGAAAGGGAGCUUCAACAAAGGAUAGGGUUGUUUGAAAUUGAGAGCAACAGUCUGAGAGAAACUCAAAAUGAACUUCAACUUCAAAGACAAACUCUUCAGACAUCUAAAGGAGACUUGGAAAAGGAAAGAGGAAAAAUGUCACAUGACUUUAACGUACAGAGAGAUAUCCUCACAAACGAGUGGCAGAAAUUGGACGAGACUAAAGAACAGAUGAAAAGAGAAAGGAAGGAGCUGGAUGUUGAGAGGAAAGAAAUAGGCUUGAGACAAGUUGAGAUGGAGCAGCUUCAAACGGAGGUAGGCAAAAUGAAACAAGAAGCCCAAGUUGGUAUUGAAGACAGGGUUAGAGAAGCCUCUAUUGAGACUGAACAACUUGUCAAGGCAAAGGAAGAACUCGACACAAAAAUGCAUGACAUAAAGAUGGAAAUGGACGCCCUUCAGAAACUCAAGGAUGAGUUAAAAAGGGAAAGAGAAGAACUUGAUAGAAAUAUGGAGCAGACAAAGAUUGAGAUUGACCAACUUGAGAUAGUCAAAUCCGAUAUUCAAAGACAGAAAGUAGAGCUUGAAAAGGCAAUGUUUGACACAAAGGUUGAAAAGCAAGAUCUGGAGAGGCUAAAAUCUGACAUCUUAAAACAAAAGGAGGACACUGAGGUGAAACUGGUGAUGCUGCAGCAAGAGAUGGAGGAAAUGGGAGUCUUGAAGGAAGACAUGAAGAAGCAGAAGGAUGAACUGGACGACAAGAUGCAGAAGAUGAAACGAGAGAUGGAAGAGAUGGAACUCACAAAAGCUGAGCUAGAGGCCAAAAGAAAAGAGUUGGAGCACACCAUCAGAAGAAACACCAGGAAAAUGAAUGAGAUGGAACAAUCAAGGACUGACAUGCAACAAGCUAAAGAGGAGGUGGAUAAUGCAAUGAAGAAAAUCAUGCUUGAGAAGGAAGAACUAAAUGAAAUGAAAGUGGUUUUGCAAAGGCAGUUUGAGGAUGAUAGAAAUGAGCUUCAAAGGAUGGAAAGGGAGCUUAAUCAAAGGAUAGGGUUGUUUGAAAUUGAGAGCAACAAACUGAGAGAAACUCAAGAUGAACUUCAACUUCAAAGACAAACUCUUCAGACAUCUAAAGAAGAGUUGGAAAAAGAAAGAGGUAAAAUGUCACAUGAUUUUCAGGAACAGAGAGAUAUCCUCACAAACGAGUGGCAGAAAUUGGAUGAGACUAAAGAACAGAUGAAAAAAGAAAGGAAGGAGCUGGAUCAAGAAAGGAAAGAAAUAGGUUUGAGACAAUUUGAAAUGGAGCAGCUACAAAUCGAGGUAUUCAAAAUGAAAAAUGAAGCCGAAGUUGGUCUUGCAGACAGAAUUAGGGAAGCCUCCAUUGAGACUGAAAAUCUUGUCAAAGAAAAGGAAGAACUCAACACAAAAAUGGAUAAAAUGAAGGUUGAAAUGGACACACUUCAGAAACGUAAGGAUGAGUUGAAAAGGGAAAGAGAAGAACUUGAUAGAAAUAUGGAACAGACGAAAAGUGAGAUUGACCAUCUUGAGUCACUCAAAUCCGAUAUUCAAAGACAGAAAGAUGAGCUUGAAAAAGCCAUGUUUGACACAAAGGUUGAGAAGGAAGAAGUAGAGAGGCUAAAAUCUGACAUCUUAAAACAAAAGAAGGACACUGAGGAGCAACUGGCGAUGCUGCAGAAAGAGAUGGAGGAAAUGGGAGUGUUGAGGGAAGACAUGAAGAAGCAGAAGGAUGAACUGGACGACAAGAUGCAAAAGAUGAAACGGGAGAUGGGAGAGAUGGAACUCACAAAAGCUGAGCUAGAGGCCAAAAGAAAAGAGUUGGAGCACACCAUCAGAAGAAACACCAGGAAACUGAAUGAGAUAGAACAAUCAAGGACUGACAUACAGCAGGCUAAAGAAGAGGUGGAUAAUGCAAUGAAGAAAAUUGCCCUUGAGAAGGAAGAACUAACUGAAAUGAAAGUGGUUUUGGAAGGCCAGUUUGAGAAUGACAGACUUGAUCUUCAAAAGAUGGAAAGGGACUUUCAACAAAGGAUUGAGUUGUUUGAAAUUGAGAGCAACAAACUGAGAGAAACUCAAAAUAUACUUCUAAUGCAAAGCCAGACACUUGAGACAGCUAGAGAAGACUUUGAAAAAGAAAGAGGUAAAAUGACAGAACAUUUUCAGGAACAGAGAAUUAUACUUGAAACAGAGUGGCAAAUGUUGGACAAAACCAAAGAAAACAUACAGAAACUAAGAGAAGACAUAGACUUGAGACAAAUGGAAAUGGUCCAACUUCAGGCAGAAACAGAAAGGAUUAAAAAAGAAACCCAAGAUGAUCUGAAAGACCAAAUUAGAAAUGCUUCUAUUGAGAAAGAACAACUUAACAAAGCCAAGGAAGAACUUAGCACAAAAAUGGAAGAAAUGAAGAGAGAAAUGGACGAACUUCAGAAGCUGAGGGAUGAGUUGAAAAAAGAAAGAGAAGAACUUGACAGCAAAAUGGAGCAUACAAAGAUGGAGAUGAAUGAGCUUCAGGCAGUCAAAUCUGAUAUUCAAAGGCAGAAAAAAGAGCUGGAAACGGCCAUAUUUAAAACAAAAGCUGAGAAGGAAAAACUUGAGAGCUUAAAAUCUAACAUUCACAAACAAAAGGAAGACACUGAGGUGAAGUUGGCGAUGCUGAAGCAAGAGAUGGAGGAAAUUAGAGUCUUGAGGGAAGACAUGCAGAAUCGGAGGGAUGAACUGGACGACAAGAUGCAGAAGAUAAAACGGGAGAUGGGAGAGAUGGAACUCACAAAAGCUGAGCUAGAGGCAAAAAGGAGAGAACUGGAGCAUACCAUCAGAAGAAACAUGAGGAAACUGAAUGACAUGGAACAAUCAAAGACUGACAUAGAACAAGCUAAAGAUGAAUUGAAUAAAGCAAUGAAUAGAAUUGCUCUUGAGAGGGAAGAACUAAAUGAGAUGAAAACUAUUUUAGAGGGCCAGUUUGCCAAUGACAGAAAAGAGCUUCAAAAUUUGGAAAGUGAACUUUAUAUGCGCAUCAGCUUGUUGGAAAUUCAGAGCAACAAGGUAACAGAAACUGAAAGUUCACUUAAUUUGCAAAGUCAAAGUCUUGAGACAGCUAAGCAAGACAUGGAAAAGGAAAGAGGUAAAAUGUCAGAAGAGUUUCAGGAACAGAGAUAUAUCCUCACAAACGAGUGGCAAACGUUGGACGAGGCUAAAGAGGAGAUGAAAAGAGAAAGAAACAAACUGGAUCAAGAAAGGAAAGAAAUAGGCCUGAGACAAGCUGAAAUAGAGCAGCUUCAAAUGGAGAUAGUCAAAAUGAAAAAUGAAGCCCAACUUGGUCUUGAAGACAGAAUUAGAGAAGCCUCCAUUGAGACUGAAAAUCUUGUCAAAGAAAGGGAAGAACUCAACACAAAAAUGUAUAAAAUGAAGGUUGAAAUGGACACCCUUCAGAAACUGAAGGAUGAGUUGAAAAGGGAAAGAGAAGAACUUGAUAGAAAUAUGGAACAGACAAAAAUUGAGAUUGAUCAUCUUGAGACAGUCAAAUCCGAUAUUCAAAGACAGAAAGAUGAGCUUGAAAAGGCAAUGUUUGACACAAAGGUUGAAAAGGAAGAACUAGAGAGGCUAAAAUCUGACAUCUUAAAACAAAAGAAGGACACUGAGGAGCAACUGGCGAUGCUGCAGAAAGAGAUGGAGGAAAUGGGAGUCUUGAGGGAAGACAUGAAGAAGCAGAAGGAUGAACUGGACGACAAGAUGCAGAAGAUGAAACGAGAGAUGGAAGAGAUGGAACUCACAAGAGCAGAGCUAGAGGCCAAAAGAAAGGAGUUGGAGCACACCAUCAGAAGAAACACCAGGAAACUGAAUGAGAUGGAACAAUCAAAGACUGACAUACAGCAGGCUAAAGAAGAGGUUGAUAAUGCAAUGAAGAAAAUUGCCCUUGAGAAGGAAGAAUUAACUGAAAUGAAAGUGGUUUUGCAAGGCCAGUUUGAGAAUGACAGAAAUGAGCUUCAAAAGAUGGAAAGGGAGUUUCAACAAAGGAUUGAGUUGUUUGAAAUUGAGAGCAACAAACUGAGAGAAACUCAAAAUACACUUCUAAUGCAAAGCCAGACACUUGAGACAGCUAGAGAAGACUUUGAAAAAGAAAGAGGUAAAAUGACAGAACAUUUUCAGGAACAGAGAAUUAUACUUGAAACAGAGUGGCAAAUAUUGGACAAAACCAAAGAAAACAUACAGAAACUAAGAGAAGAAAUAGACUCGAGACAAAUGGAAAUGGUCCAACUUCAGGCAGAGACAGAAAGGAUUAAAAACGACGCCCAAGAUGCUCUCAAAGACCAAAUUAGAAAUGCUUCUAUUGAGAAAGAACAACUUACCAAAGCGAAGGAAGAACUCAACACAAAAAUGGGAGAAACGAUGAGAGAAAUGGAUGAACUUCAGAAGCUGAGGGAUGAGUUGAAAAAAGAAAGAGAACAACUUGACAGCAAAAUGGAGCAUACAAAGAUGGAGAUGAUUGAGCUUCAGGCAGUCAAAUCUGAUAUUCAAAGGCAGAAAAAAGAGCUGGAAACGGCCAUGUUUGAAACAAAAGCUGAGAAGGAAAAACUUGAGAGCUUAAAAUCUAACAUCCACGAACAAAAGGAAGACACUGAGGUGAAGUUGGCGAUGCUGAAGCAAGAGAUGGAGGAAAUUAGAGCCUUGAGGGAAGACAUGCAGAAUCGGAGGGAUGAACUGGACGACAAGAUGCAGAAGAUAAAACGGGAGAUGGGAGAGAUGGAACUCACAAAAGCUGAGCUAGAGGCCAAAAGGAGAGAACUGGAGCAUACCAUCAGAAGAAACACCAGGAAACUGAAUGACAUGGAACAAUCAAAGACUGACAUAGAACAAGCUAAAGAUGAAUUGAAUAAAGCAAUGAAUAGAAUUGCUCUUGAGAGGGAAGAACUAAAUGAGAUGAAAACUAUUUUAGAGGGACAAUUUGCCAAUGACAGAAAAGAGCUUCAAAACUUGGAAAGUGAACUUUAUAUGCGAAUCAGUUUGUUGGAAAUUCAGAGCAACAAGGUGAAAGAAACUGAAAGUUCACUUAAUUUGCAAAGCCAAAGUCUUGAGACAGCUAAGCAAGACAUGGAAAAGGAGAGAAGUAAAAUGUCAGAUGACUUUCAGGAACAGAGAUAUAUCCUCACAAACGAGUGGCAAAUGUUGGACGAGGCUAAAGAGGAGAUGAAAAGAGAAAGAAACAAACUGGAUCAAGAAAGGAAAGAAAUUGAACUCAGACAAGUUGAAAUAGAGCAACUUCAAAUGGAGGUAGUCAAAAUGAAAAAUGAAGCCCAAGUUGGUCUUGAAGACAGAAUUAGAGAAGCCUCCAUUGAGACUGAACAGCUUGCCAAAGAAAAAGAAGAACUUGACAUUAAAAUGGAUGAAAUGAAGAUGGAAAUGGACACCCUUCAGAAACUGAAGGAUGAGUUGCAAAGGGAAAGAGAAGAACUUGAUAGAAAUAUGGCGCAGACAAAAAUUGACAUUGACCAUCUUGAGACAGUCAAAUCCAAUAUUCAAAGACAGAAAGAAGUGCUUGAAAAUGCAAUGUUUGACACAAAGGUUGAAAAAGAAGAUCUGGAGAGGCUAAGAUCUGACAUCUUAAAACAAAAGGAGGACACUGAGGCGAAACUGGUGAUGCUGCAGAAAGAGGUGGAGGAAAUGGGAGUCUUGAGGGAAGACAUGAGGAAGCAGAAGGAUGAACUGGACGACAAGAUGCAAAAGAUGAAACUGGAGAUGGGAGAGAUGGAACUCACGAAAGCUGAGCUAGAGGCCAAAAGGAGAGAACUCGAGCAUACCAUCAGAAGAAACACCAGGAAACUGAAUGACAUGGAACAAGCUACAGAUGAAUUGAAUAAAGCAAUGAAUAGAAUUGCUCUUGAGAGGGAAGAACUAAAUGAGAUGAAAACAAUUUUAGAAGGCCAGUUUACCAGUGACAGAAAAGAGCUUCAAAACUUGGAGAGUGAGCUAGAAAUGCGGAUCAGAUUGUUGGAAAUUCAGAGCAACAAGAUGACAGAAACUGAAAGUUCACUUCAUUUCCAAAUCCAAAGUCUUGAGAUCGCUAAGCAAGACAUGGAAAAAGAAAGAGGCAAAAUGUCAGAUGAGUUUCAGGAACAGAGAGAUAUCCUCUCAAACGAGUGGCAAAAGUUGGAUGAGGCUAAAGAAGAGAUUAAAAGAGAAAGAAUGGAACUGGAUCAAGAAAGGAAAGAAAUUGAACUCAGACAAGUUGAGAUGGAGCAACUUCAAAUGGAAGCAGUCACGAUUGAAAAAGAAACCCAAGUUGGUCUCAAAGACAGAAUCAGAGAAACCUCUAUUGAGACAGAACAACUUGCCAAAGAAAAAGAAGAACUUGACAUUAAAACAGAUGAAAUGAAGAUGGAUAUGGACACCCUUCAGAAACUGAAGGAUGAGUUGCAAAGGGAAAGAGAAGAACUUGAUAGAAAAAUAGAGCAGACAAAGAUUGACAUUGACCAUCUUGAGACAGUCAAAUCCGAUAUUCAAAGACAGAAAGAAGAGCUUGAAAAGGCAAUGUUUGAUACAAAGGUUGAAAAGCAAGAUCUGGAGAGGCUAAAAUCUGACAUCUUAAAACAAAAGGAGGACACUGAGGCGAAACUGCUGAUGCUGCAGCAAGAGAUGGAGGAAAUGGUAGUCUUGAGGGAAGACAUGAAGAAGCAGAAGGAUGAACUGGACGACAAGAUGCAGAAAUUAAAACGGGAGAUGGGAGAGAUGGAACUCACAAACGCUGAGCUAGAAGCCAAAAGAAGAGAGUUGGAGCACACCAUCAGAAGAAACACCAGGAAACUAAAUGAGAUGGAAAAAUCAAAGACUGAAAUACAACAAGCUAAAGAUGAAUUGAAUAAAGGAAUGAAUAGAAUUGCUCUUGAGAGGGAAGAACUAAAUGAGAUGAGAACAAUUUUAGAAGGCCAGUUUGCCAGUGACAGAAAAGAGCUUCAAAACUUGGAAAGUGAGCUAGAAAUGCGGAACAGAUUGUUGGAAAUUCAGAGCAACAAGAUGACAGAAAUGGAAAGUUCACUUCAUUUCCAAAUCCAAAGCCUUGAGACCGCUAAGAAAGACAUGGAAAAAGAAAGAGGCAAAAUGUCAGAUGAGUUUCAGGAACAGAGAGAUAUCCUCACAAAUGAGUGGCAAAAGUUGGAUGAGGCUAAAGAGGAGAUGAAAAGAGAAAGAAACAAACUGGAUCAAGAAAGGAAAGAAAUUGAACUCAGACAAGUUGAGAUGGAGCAACUUCAAAUGGAGGCAGUCACGAUUGAAAAAGAAACCCAAGUUGGUCUCAAAGACAGAAUCAGAGAAACCUCUAUUGAGACUGAAAAACUUGGCAAAGAAAAAGAAGAGCUUGACAUUAAAACGGAUGAAAUGAAGAUGGAAAUGGACACCCUUCAGAAACUGAAGGAUGAGUUGCAAAGGGAAAGAGAAGAACUUGAUAGAAAAAUAGAGCAGACAAAGAUUGACAUUGACCAUCUUGAGACAGUCAAAUCCGAUAUUCAAAGACAGAAAGAAGAGCUUGAAAAGGCAAUGUUUGAUACAAAGGUUGAAAAGCAAGAUCUGGAGAGGCUAAAAUCUGACAUCUUAAAACAAAAGGAGGACACUGAGGUGAAACUGCUGAUGCUGCAGCAAGAGAUGAAGGAAAUGGGAGUCUUGAGGGAAGACAUGAAGAAGCAGAAGGAUGAACUGGACGACAAAAUGCGGAAGAUGAAACGGGAGAUGGGAGAGAUGGAACUCACAAAAGCUGAGCUAGCAGCCAAAAGAGGAGAGCUGGAGUACACAAUCAGAAGAAGCACCAGGAAGUCUGAUGCAAUGGACCAAACAAAAACUGAUGUUCUGAAGGCAAAGGAUGAUCUUGAAGAGCUCAGGACAGAAAUAGAAAGAGAGAAAGCUUGUGUACACCAAGUUAAAGAUGAUUUACAGAAAUUAAAAGAGGACGUUGAAAGCAUGGAGAGGGAUGUAGAUGUCACAUAUAGUGAUGCCAUAAACAAUCAGUUACGUACACUAAUGCAUGAAAUUGACACAACAAGAGAAAUGGUGAACAGAUCAAAGCUUGAAAUGAAAUACAAGAUGGAAACCAGUCAUCUUGAAAGUGAUGUGCGAGAAGAGAUAAAUGUCGAGUUACAACAAUUGAUCCUAGAAAUUGAGCAAAUUAGGGAGGGUAUCAGAAGAAUGCAAACUGAGAUGGAUGCUGCCAUAAGGCAUAGGGAUGAAAUUAUCACAGGGAGAUUAAAGAGAGAAAAUGAACAUCUUGAAGAAUUGAGGAGAAGUGUAGAAAUGGAUAGAGAAUCUCUAGAAAAAGAAAAAGAGCUGUUGAAAAGAGAACGAGAUGAACUUUUGCAAGCACAAUUACAAGUAGAGAGACAGGUUGAAACUGGUGUGCAAACAGAAAUAGACCAGGAGGCUACACCAGCACCAGAAAAAGUAUUCAGGAUGAAAGGAGAGAUACUGGAAAGGGAGAUACAACAUCAGAAAGAGGUUCUAGGACAGGAGAGGGCAGCUCUGGAAAAUGAGAGAGAUUGUCUAAAACAUGACAAAGAUAUGUUGGAGAACAAGAGGGCUACUCUAGAAAAGGAAUGGGAGGAAUUACAUCAAAUUCAUAGCGAAGAAAAGAAUUUCAGAGAAGAGAUACAACAAAAGGAGGAAGCACUGAAGGUCAAAAUGGACAACUUGUCUCUCCAAGAGGAAGACAUAAAGAAACAAAUGAAAGUUAUGGAAAUUACACAGUAUGACAUUCAACAGGAGAGACAUCAGCUGUCACAACAAAAGAUUCAAAUUGACCAACAACAGAAAGAAAUUGAAGACAUAGUGAAAAAUAACAUCAAAUGCAGCAAUGACCUGCAAUUAUUGAAGUUGGAAUUUGAGCAAGAAAAGGAGAAACAUGAGUGUGGCCUAGCUACAGAAAAAAGAUAUAUUCAAGAAAAAAGAUUUGAGCUUGACAAAGAACGACAAGACAUAACAGAGAGACUGGUUCAAAUUCAGUGUGAGAAAGACUCUCUGAAUCAGUUGCAUGCAGACCUAGAGAAACAGAAAGAAGAUAUAGAAAGGGAGAGCAAACAUCUGGAAAUGGAAAUGCAGUACUUUGAGAACUACAAGACAGAACUCAUGAAGCAAUCAGAGGAGAUGAAUGACGUAAAGAAAACUGUGAUGGUGGAGCAGAGACAUCUUGAAAGCAAAAUGGCUGAAUUAAAUGACCAACAGUUGCAGGUGGAUGACAUAAUGAGAAGAAAUAAAUUGGAGUUAGAUCAUUUGGAAAAACUUAGGAUUGAAAUAGAAGUACAAACACAGCACUUGGAAAACACCACGGAAGAUAUAAGGACAGAACAGCGGCAGUUGGAAAACACUAGAAAAAUACUGGAAAAGGAAAAACUAGACAUUGAAAAAAGCAACAAAGUGAUAUCAAAAGAAAAAAAGGAUGUGGAAAAUAUAAAGGAAGAUCUAGAAAGAGGAUGGGAUGAACUUAAAAGAGAGAGACUCAAAGCAGAGGAAGAGGACAAUAUCAGGAUAAAAGAAAUACAAGAUGAAAAAUGUGCUAUAGAAUCAUUAUUUGUUGAUAUAGAAAAUCAGAAAAAAGAACUAGAGAUAGAAAAAGAAAACAUCAACAACAAAACACUUCAACUGGACGUUCUCAACAAAAAGCUUGACAAACAGAGAGAAAACAUGGAGGAGCAGCAGAGUGACCUAACAGAAAGGAAAGCUGCGAUAGACCAGCAACAAAUAGAACUAGAUAACAUGAUUGAUAUCCACAAUAAGGAAAAGAUGGAACUUGACCGAAUCAGAGCUGACAUAGAAGGAGAGAGACAAGCAAUUGAGAUUACUGUUAAAGAAAAACUAGGUGCGGACAAAGAAGAACUUGAGAAACUGCAAAAUAGACUGGAUGAAGAAAGACAGGAAAUUGAAAACAACAAACAUGCCAUGAUGAAAGACAAGGAUGAGUUGGAAAACUUGAAAAAUGAUGUUCAGAAACAAUGGGACGAGCUGCGUCCCUUCAAGGAAAACAUUCAAAUUGAAAAGGAUGAACUUCAAAAGAAGAUGGCUGAGGUGGACGAAAAGUCAAAUAACAUUGAGAAUAUGAUGCAGGAGAUGAUUCAGGAGAAAGAGAGAUUGGACAAACAAACACAGGUUCUACAACAAGAAAAGGAUGUCCUCAAGAGUCUUGCUGAAGAAACGGAAAGAAUGAGGGUUGAAUUUGAAAGGCGUAGCAUUGAAGUUGAGGAACAAAAACAAGAAUUAGCAGACAAAAAGCUCAGUCUUGAGGCAGAAACUCAUGAUUUGGAGAUUAAACAGUCAGAAAUGGAUAAAGAAAUGAAAAUGUUUGAAAAUGAAAAAGUGAAGCAGAAGGAAGAGUAUGAAAAUCUACUGAAGGAGAUACAGGCAGAGAAGGACGCUCUGAAACAACUUCAAGAAGAGACGGAAUCAAAGAAAAAUGACCUACAGAACCAGGAGUCAAACCUGACCGCCAGGAAAGAGCAGCUAGACGUUCUCCAGUCAGACCUCCAAACACAGAGAGACAACAUGGAAGAGAUUAUGCAGGCCAUUGACGAGCAGCAGAGUGACUUAACAGAAAGGAAAGCUGUGAUAGACCAGCAACAAAUAGAACUAGAUAACAUGAUUGAUAUCCACAACAAGGAAAAGAUGGAACUUGACCGAAUCAGGGCUGACAUAGAAGAAGAGAGAGAAGCAAUUGAGAUUACUGUUAAAGAAAAACUAGGUGCGGACAAAGAAGAACUUGAGAAACUGAAAAAUAGACUGGAUGAAGAAAGACAGGAAAUUGAAAACAACAAACAUGCCAUGAUGAAAGACAAGGAUGAGUUGGAAAAUUUGAAAUAUGAUGUUCAGAAACAAUGGGAUGAGCUGCGUCCCUUCAAGGAAAACAUUCAAAUUGAAAAGGAUGAGCUUCAAAAGAAGAUGGCUGAGUUGGACAAAAAGUCAAAUAACAUCCAGAAUAUGAUGCAGGAGAUGAUGCAGGAGAAAGAGAGAUUGGACGAACAAACACAGGUUCUACAACACGAAAAGGAUGUCCUCCAGAGUCUUGCUGAAGAAACAGAAAGGAUGAAGGUUGAAUUUGAAAGGCGUAGCAUUGAAAUAGAGGAACAAAAACAAGAAUUAGCAGAAAACAAGCUCAGUCUUGAGGCAGAAACUCAUGAUUUGCAGAAGAAAAAAUCAGAAAUGGAUAAAGAAGUUAACACGUUACAAAAUGAAAAAGUAAAACAGAUGGAAGAGUAUGAAAAUCUGCUAAAGGAAAUACAGGGAGAAAAGGAUGCUCUGAAACAACUUCAAAAAGAAACAGAAAUGAAGAAAAAUGACCUCCAGAACCAAGAGUCAGACCUGACUUCCAGGAAAGAGCAGCUAGACGUUCUCCAGUCAGAUCUCAAAACACAGAGAGACAACAUGGAAGAGAUGAUGAAGGCCAUUCACGAGCAGCAGAGUGACCUAACAGAGAGGAAAGCUGUGAUAGACCAGCAACAAAUAGAACUAGAUAACAUGAUUAAUAUCCACAACAAGGAAAAGACGGAAAUUGACCGAAUCAGAGCUGACAUAGAAGAAGAGAGAGAAGCAAUUGAGAUUACCGUUAAAGAAAAACUAGGUGCGGACAAAGAAGAACUUGAGAAACUGAAAAAUAGACUGGAUGAAGAAAGACAGGAAAUUGAAAACAACAAACAUGCCAUGAUGAAAGACAAGGAUGAGUUGGAAAAUUUGAAAAAUGAUGUUCAGAAACAAUGGGAUGAGCUGCGUCCCUUCAAAGAAAACAUUCAAAUUGAAAAGGAUGAGCUUCAAAAGAAGAUGGCUGAGGUGGACGAAAAGUCAAAUAACAUCCAGAAUAUGAUGCAGGAGAUGAUGCAGGAGAAAGAGAGAUUGGAUGAACAAGCACAGGUUCUACAACACGAAAAGGAUGUCCUCCAGAGUCUUGCUGAAGAAACAAAAAGGAUGAAGGUUGAAUUUGAAAGGCGUAGCAUUGAAGUUGAGGAACAAAAACAAGAAUUCGCAGAAAACAAGCUCAGUCUUGAGGCAGAAACUCAUGAUUUGGAGAUGAAAAAGUCAGAAAUGGAUAAAGAAGUUAACACAUUACAAAAUGAAAAAGUUAAACAGAUGGAAGAGUAUGAAAAUCUGCUGAAGGAAAUACAGGCAGAAAAGGACGCUCUGAAACGACUUAAAGAAGAAACAGAAAUGAAGAAAAAUGACCUCCAGAACCAGGAGACAGACCUGACUUCAAGGAAAGAGCAGCUAGACGUUCUCCAGUCAGAUCUCCAAACACAGAGAGACAACAUGGAAGAGAUGACGAAGGCCAUUCAUGAGCAGCAGAGUGACCUAACAGAAAGGAAAGCUGUGAUAGACCAGCAACAAAUAGAACUAGAUAACAUGAUUGAUGUCCACAACAAGGAAAAGACGGAACUUGACCGAAUCAGAGCUGACAUAGAAGGAGAGAGACAAGUAAUUGAGAUUACCGUUAAAGAAAAACUAGGUGCGGACAAAGAAGAACUUGACAAACUGAAAAAUAGACUGGAUGAAGAAAGACAAGAAAUUGAAAACAACAAACAUGCCAUGAUGAAAGACAAGGAUGAGUUGGAAAACUUGAAAAAUGAUGUUCAGAAACAAUGGGACAAGCUCGGACCCUACAAGGAAAACAUUCAAAUUGAAAAGGAUGAACUUCAAAAGAAGGUGGCUGAGGUGGACGAAAAAUCAAAAAACAUUGAGAAUAUGAUGCAGGAGAUGAUGCAGGAGAAAGAGAGAUUGGACGAACAAACACAGGUUCUACAACACGAAAAGGAUGUCCUCCAGAGUCUUGCUGAAGAAACAGAAAGGAUGAGGGUGGAAUUUGAAAGGCAAAGAAUUGAAAUCGAGGAACAAAAACAAGAAUUAGCAGAAAACAAGCUUAGUCUUGAGGAAGAAACUCAUGAUUUGGAGAUGAAAAAAUCAGAAAUGGAUAAAGAAGUUAACACAUUACAAAAUGAAAAAGUGAAACAGAUGGAAGAGUAUGAAAAUCUGCUAAUGGAAAUACAGGCAGAAAAGGACGCUCUGAAACAACUUCAAGAAGAAACAGAAAUGAAGAAAAAUGACCUACAGAACCAGGAGUCAGACCUGACUUCCAGGAAAGAGCAGCUAGACGUUCUCCAGUCAGACCUCCAAACACAGAGAGACAACAUGGAAGAGAUGACGAAGGCCAUUCAUGAGCAGCAGAGUGACCUAAAAGACAGGAAAGCUGAGAUAGACCAGCAACAAAUAGAACUAGAUAACAUGAUUGAUAUCCACAACAAAGAAAAGAUGGAACUUGACCGAAUCAGAGCUGACAUAGAAGAAGAGAGAGUUACCAUUAAAGAAAAACUAGGUGCGGACAAAGAAGAACUUGAGAAACUGAAAAACAGACUGGAUGAAGAACGGCAGGAAAUUGAAAACAGCAAACAUGCCAUGAUGAAAGACAAGGAUGAGUUGGAAAACUUGAAAAAUGAUGUUCAGAAACAAUGGGAUGAGCUGCGUCCCCUCAAGGAAAACAUUCAAAUUGAAAAGGAUGAACUUCAAAAGAAGAUGGCUGAGGUGGAUGAAAAAUCAAAUAACAUUGAGAAUAUAAUGCAGGAGAUGAUGCAGGAGAAAGAGAGAUUGGACGAACAAACACAGGUUCUACAACACGAAAAGGAUGUCCUCCAGAGUCUUGCUGAAGAAACAGAAAGGAUGAGGGUUGAAUUUGAAAGGCAAAGAAUUGAAAUCGAGGAACAAAAACAAGAAUUAGCAGAAAACAAGCUUAGUCUUGAGGAAGAAACUCAUGAUUUGGAGAUGAAAAAAUCAGAAAUGGAUAAAGAAGUUUACACAUUACAAAAUGAAAAAGUGAAACAGAUGGAAGAGUAUGAAAACCUGCUAAUGGAAAUACAGGCGGAAAAGGACGCUCUGAAACAACUUCAAGAAGAAACAGAAAUGAAGAAAAAUGACCUACAGAACCAGGAGUCAGACCUGACUUCCAGGAAAGAGCAGCUAGAUGUUCUCCAGUCAGAUCUCCAAACACAGAGAGACAACAUGGAAGAGAUGAUGAAGGCCAUUAACGAGCAGCAGAGUGACCUAACAGACAGGAAAGCUGUGAUAGACCAGCAACAAAUAGAACUAGAUAACAUGAUUGAUAUCCACAACAAGGAAAAGAUGGAACUUGACCGAAUCAGAGCUGACAUAGAAGAAGGGAGAGAAGCAAUCGAGGUUACCGUUAAAGAAAAACUAGGUGCAGAAAGAGAAGAACUUGACAAACUGAAAAAUAGACUGGAUGAAGAAAGACAGGAAAUUGAAAACAACAAACACGCCAUGAUGAAAGACAAGGAUGAGUUGGAAAACUUGAAAAAUGAUGUUCAGAAACAAUGGGACGAGCUGCGUCCCUUCAAGGAAAACAUUCAAAUUGAAAAGGAUGAACUUCAAAAGAAGAUGGCUGAGGUGGACGCAAAAUCAAGUAACAUCCAGAAUAUGAUGCAGGAGAUGAUGCAGGAGAAAGAGAGGUUGGACGAACAAACACAGGUUCUACAACACGAAAAGGAUGUCCUGAAGAGUCUUGCUGAAGAAACAGAAAGAAUGAGGGCUGAAUUUGAAAGACGUAGCUUUGAAAUAGAGGAACAAAAACAAGAAUUAGCAGAAAACAAGCUCAGUCUUGAGGCAGAAGCUCAUGAUUUGGAGAAGAAAAAAUCAGAAAUGGAUAAAGAAAUGAAAAUGUUAGAAAAUGAAAAACUGAGACACAAGGAAGCGUAUGAAAAUCUACUGAAGGAAAUACAGGAAGAGAAGGAUGCUCUGACACAACUUCAAGAAGAGACGGAAUCAAAGAAAAAUGACCUACAGAACCAGGAGUCAAACCUGACCUCGAGGAAAGAGCAGCUAGACGUUCUCCAGUCAGACCUCCAAUCACAGAGAGACAACAUGGAAGAGAUUAUGAAGGCCAUUCACGAGCAGCAGAGUGACCUAACAGAGAGGAAAGCUGUGAUAGACCAGCAACAAAUAGAACUAGAUAACAUGAUUAAUAUCCACAACAAGGAAAAGACGGAACUUGACCGAAUCAGAGCUGACAUAGAAGAAGAGAGAGAAGCAAUUGAGAUUACUGUUAAAGAAAAACUAGGUGCGGACAAAGAAGAACUUGAGAAACUGAAAAAUAGACUGGAUGAAGAAAGACAGGAAAUUGAAAACAACAAACAUGCCAUGAUGAAAGACAAGGAUGAGUUGGAAAAUUUGAAAAAUGAUGUUCAGAAACAAUGGGAUGAGCUGCGUCCCUUCAAAGAAAACAUUCAAAUUGAAAAGGAUGAGCUUCAAAAGAAGAUGGCUGAGGUGGACGAAAAGUCAAAUAACAUCCAGAAUAUGAUGCAGGAGAUGAUGCAGGAGAAAGAGAGAUUGGAUGAACAAGCACAGGUUCUACAACACGAAAAGGAUGUCCUCCAGAGUCUUGCUGAAGAAACAAAAAGGAUGAAGGUUGAAUUUGAAAGGCGUAGCAUUGAAGUUGAGGAACAAAAACAAGAAUUAGCAGAAAACAAGCUCAGUCUUGAGGCAGAAACUCAUGAUUUGGAGAUGAAAAAGUCAGAAAUGGAUAAAGAAGUUAACACAUUACAAAAUGAAAAAGUUAAACAGAUGGAAGAGUAUGAAAAUCUGCUGAAGGAAAUACAGGCAGAAAAGGACGCUCUGAAACGACUUAAAGAAGAAACAGAAAUGAAGAAAAAUGACCUCCAGAACCAGGAGUCAGACCUGACUUCAAGGAAAGAGCAGCUAGACGUUCUCCAGUCAGAUCUCCAAACACAGAGAGACAACAUGGAAGAGAUGACGAAGGCCAUUCAUGAGCAGCAGAGUGACCUAACAGAAAGGAAAGCUGUGAUAGACCAGCAACAAAUAGAACUAGAUAACAUGAUUGAUGUCCACAACAAGGAAAAGACGGAACUUGACCGAAUCAGAGCUGACAUAGAAGGAGAGAGACAAGUAAUUGAGAUUACCGUUAAAGAAAAACUAGGUGCGGACAAAGAAGAACUUGACAAACUGAAAAAUAGACUGGAUGAAGAAAGACAAGAAAUUGAAAACAACAAACAUGCCAUGAUGAAAGACAAGGAUGAGUUGGAAAACUUGAAAAAUGAUGUUCAGAAACAAUGGGACGAGCUCGGACCCUACAAGGAAAACAUUCAAAUUGAAAAGGAUGAACUUCAAAAGAAGAUGGCUGAGGUGGACGAAAAAUCAAAAAACAUUGAGAAUAUGAUGCAGGAGAUGAUGCAGGAGAAAGAGAGAUUGGACGAACAAACACAGGUUCUACAACACGAAAAGGAGGUCCUCCAGAGUCUUGCUGAAGAAACAGAAAGGAUGAGGGUUGAAUUUGAAAGGCAAAGAAUUGAAAUCGAGGAACAAAAACAAGAAUUAGCAGAAAACAAGCUCAGUCUUGAGGAAGAAACUCAUGAUUUGGAGAUGAAAAAAUCAGAAAUGGAUAAAGAAGUUAACACAUUACAAAAUGAAAAAGUGAAACAGAUGAAAGAGUAUGAAAAUCUGCUAAUGGAAAUACAGGCGGAAAAGGACGCUCUGAAACAACUUCAAGAAGAAACAGAAAUGAAGAAAAAUGACCUACAGAACCAGGAGUCAAAUCUGACUUCCAGGAAAGAGCAGCUAGACGUUCUCCAGUCAGACCUCCAAACACAGAGAGACAACAUGGAAGAGAUGACGAAGGCCAUUCAUGAGCAGCAGAGUGACCUAAAAGACAGGAAAGCUGAGAUAGACCAGCAACAAAUAGAACUAGAUAACAUGAUUGAUAUCCACAACAAAGAAAAGAUGGAACUUGACCGAAUCAGAGCUGACAUAGAAGAAGAGAGAGUUACCAUUAAAGAAAAACUAGGUGCGGACAAAGAAGAACUUGAGAAACUGAAAAACAGACUGGAGGAAGAAAGGCAGGAAAUUGAAAACAGCAAACAUGCCAUGAUAAAAGACAAGGAUGAGUUGGAAAACUUGAAAAAUGAUGUUCAGAAACAAUGGGACGAGCUGCGUCCCCUCAAGGAAAACAUUCAAAUUGAAAAGGAUGAACUUCAAAAGAAGAUGGCUGAGGUGGACGAAAAAUCAAAAAACAUUGAGAAUAUGAUGCAGGAGAUGAUGCAGGAGAAAGAGAGAUUGGACGAACAAACACAGGUUCUACAAAAAGAAAAGGAUGUCCUCCAGAGUCUUGCUGAAGAAACAGAAAGGAUGAAGGUUGAAUUUGAAAGGCGUAGCAUUGAAAUCGAGGAACAAAAACAAGAAUUAGCAGACAAAAAGCUCAGUCUUGAGGCAGAAACUCAUGAUUUGGAGAUGAAAAAGUCAGAAAUGGAUAAAGAAGUUAACACAUUACAAAAUGAAAAAGUGAAACAGAUGGAAGAGUAUGAAAAUCUGCUGAAGGAAAUACAGGCAGAAAAGGACGCUCUGAAACGACUUAAAGAAGAAACAGAAAUGAAGAAAAAUGACCUCCAGAACCAGGAGUCAGACCUGACUUCAAGGAAAGAGCAGCUAGACGUUCUCCAGUCAGAUCUCCAAACACAGAGAGACAACAUGGAAGAGAUGACGAAGGCCAUUCAUGAGCAGCAGAGUGACCUAACAGAAAGGAAUGCUGUGAUAGACCAGCAACAAAUAGAACUAGAUAACAUGAUUGAUGUCCACAACAAGGAAAAGACGGAACUUGACCGAAUCAGAGCUGACAUAGAAGGAGAGAGACAAGUAAUUGAGAUUACCGUUAAAGAAAAACUAGGUGCGGACAAAGAAGAACUUGACAAACUGAAAAAUAGACUGGAUGAAGAAAGACAAGAAAUUGAAAACAACAAACAUGCCAUGAUGAAAGACAAGGAUGAGUUGGAAAACUUGAAAAAUUAUGUUCAGAAACAAUGGGACGAGCUCGGACCCUACCAGGAAAACAUUCAAAUUGAAAAGGAUGAACUUCAAAAGAAGAUGGCUGAGGUGGACGAAAAAUCAAAAAACAUUGAGAAUAUGAUGCAGGAGAUGAUGCAGGAGAAAGAGAGAUUGAACAAACAAACACAGGUUCUACAACACGAAAAGGAUGUCCUCCAGAGUCUUGCUGAAGAAACAGAAAGGAUGAGGGUUGAAUUUGAAAGGCGUAGCAUUGAAAUAGAGGAACAAAAACAAGAAUUAGCAGAAAACAAGCUCAGUCUUGAGGCAGAAACUAAUGAUUUGGAGAUGAAAAAAUCAGAAAUGGAUAAAGAAGUUAACACAUUACAAAAUGAAAAAGUUAAACAGAUGGAAGAGUAUGAAAAUCUGCUGAAGGAAAUACAGGCAGAAAAGGACGCUCUGAAACGACUUAAAGAAGAAACAGAAAUGAAGAAAAAUGACCUCCAGAACCAGGAGUCAGACCUGACUUCAAGGAAAGAGCAGCUAGACGUUCUCCAGUCAGAUCUCCAAACACAGAGAGACAACAUGGAAGAGAUGACGAAGGCCAUUCAUGAGCAGCAGAGUGACCUAACAGAAAGGAAUGCUGUGAUAGACCAGCAACAAAUAGAACUAGAUAACAUGAUUGAUGUCCACAACAAGGAAAAGACGGAACUUGACCGAAUCAGAGCUGACAUAGAAGGAGAGAGACAAGUAAUUGAGAUUACCGUUAAAGAAAAACUAGGUGCGGACAAAGAAGAACUUGACAAACUGAAAAAUAGACUGGAUGAAGAAAGACAAGAAAUUGAAAACAACAAACAUGCCAUGAUGAAAGACAAGGAUGAGUUGGAAAACUUGAAAAAUGAUGUUCAGAAACAAUGGGACGAGCUCGGACCCUACAAGGAAAACAUUCAAAUUGAAAAGGAUGAACUUCAAAAGAAGAUGGCUGAGUUGGACGAAAAAUCAAAAGACAUUGAGAAUAUGAUGCAGGAGAUGAUGCAGGAGAAAGAGAGAUUGGACGAACAAACACAGGUUCUACAAAAAGAAAAGGAUGUCCUCCAGAGUCUUGCUGAAGAAACAGAAAGGAUGAAGAUUGAAUUUGAAAGGCGUAGCAUUGAAAUAGAGGAACAAAAACAAGAAUUCGCAGAAAACAAGCUCAGUCUUGAGGCAGAAACUCAUGAUUUGGAGAUUAAAAAAUCAGAAAUGGAUAAAGAAAUGAAAAUGUUAGAAAAUGAAAAAGUGAGACAGAAGGAAGAGUAUGAAAAUCUACUGAAGGAAAUACAGGAAGAGAAGGAUGCUCUGAAACAACUUCAAGAAGAAACAGAAUCAAAGAAAAAUGACCUACAGAACCAGGAGUCAAACCUGACCUCCAGGAAAGAGCAGCUAGACGUUCUCCAGUCAGAUCUCCAAACACAGAGAGACAACAUGGAAGAGAUGACGGCCAUUCAUGAGCAGCAGAGUGACCUAACAGACAGGAAAGCUAUGAUAGACCAGCAACAAAUAGAACUAGAUAACAUGAUUAAUAUCCACAACAAGGAGAAGACGGAACUUGACCGAAUCAGAGCUGACAUAGAAGAAGAGAGAGAAGCAAUUGAGAUUACUGUUAAAGAAAAACUAGGUGCGGACAAAGAAGAACUUGAGAAACUGAAAAAUAGACUGGAUGAAGAAAGACAGGAAAUUGAAAACAGCAAACAUGCCAUGAUGAAAGACAAGGAUGAGUUGGAAAACUUGAAAAAUGAUGUUCAGAAACAAUGGGACGAGCUGCGUCCCUUCAAGGAAAACAUUCAAAUUGAAAAGGAUGAACUUCAAAAGAAGAUGGCUGAGGUGGACGAAAAGUCAAUUAACAUUGAGAAUAUGAUGCAGGAGAUGAUGCAGGAGAAAGAGAGAUUGGAUGAACAAACACAGGUUCUACAACAAGAAAAGGAUGUCCUCAAGAGUCUUGCUGAAAAAACUGAGCAGAGGAAAGAUGAGCUUGAGCAACUCAACACCGAUAUCCAGAUGCAAAAACAAGAACAUUUGGUCAGAGUAGAUGCUACAACACAAACUCCUGUGGUGGACAUGAGACAGGCUGUUGCAGGAUAUCCAAUAGAGCCUGAGUCUGAUGAUGUUCCAAGGCUUGAUGCAGCAACAGAAACACCUCUGACAGAGAUCGAGCAGGCUGAUGGAACAACAACUACUAUGCAGGUUAAGAUGGAUGAUGCUGCAACACGGACAGUUCCCGUGGAGAUAGAGCAGGUUGAUGCUACAACACAAGCACCUGUGGAGACAGAGCAGCAUGAUGAUGGUGUGGAACAAACACCUACCGUCACGAUAACACAAAUAGAUGUGGUGAGCGUGGAUCAAAUAGUGAUGGUGCCCUCAGAACAGAUUGAUGCAGCAUUACGUUAUACUACAGAACAGACUGAGACACCUGCAGAGGAGAUGGAACCUACUGAUGCUGCACCACCUUUGUUUAAAAUGGAGCAGGCUGAUGCUGAGAUACAAACCCCUGUGGUUGAGAUCAAGCAGACUGAUGCUGAAACACAAACCCAUGUGGUGGAGAUCAAACAGGCUGAUGCUGAAACACAAAUAGUUUCUGUAGAACAGACUGCUGCAGCAUUAUCUGAAGAAAGGAAGGAGCUGGAAGAACCUUUAACAAUCUUUGCCGAGGAGAAAGAGACGGUUCAUGUUACAACACCUGUUGUUGAAAUGCUUGAAACACUUACUGUGAAGAUUGAAAUGCUUGAUACUACAACACAAACACUUGCAAUAGAAGUGGAGCAGGUUGAUGCUGAAACACAAACCCCUGUGAUGGAGAUCAAACAGGCUGAUGCUGAAACACAAACCCAUGUGGUGGAGAUCAAACAGGCUGAUGCAGACAGACCAGCAGAGAAGGAGUUGGCUGAUGCAGCAACGCAAGCAGCUACCGUAGAGACAGAAAAGACUGCUGCAGAAAUUGAAACAGCUGCCAUGGAGUUAGAUAAUGCUGAUGCUUCAACUCAAACUCUAGUGGUAGAGGUGGAGCAUGCAGACACUGCUGCACAAACAGAGGAGCAAGAGCUGAUUGAUGUUUCAAAACCUGACAUUGAACUGGAGCAGAGUGAUGCAGCAACACCUGUGAUAGAAGAAGACAUGGAUGAAACAAGAAUAUUUGCUGUGGACAUCCAGACAGUUGAUGUUACAACACAAACAUUUGCAGCAGAAGUGGAGCAAGCUUAUACCGAAACACAAACCCCAGUGAUGGAGAUCAAACAGGCUGAUGCAGAGAGACCAGUGGAGGAGAUGGCUGAUGCAGCACCUGCAGCUGAGACGAAACCUGUUGAGGCUGCACCACCUUUAUUUAAGAUGGAGCAAGCUUAUGCUGAAACACAAACCCCAGUGAUGGAGAUCAAACAGGCUGAUGCAGAGAGACCAGUGGAGGAGAUGGCUGAUGCAGCACCUGCAGCUGAGACUAAACCUGUGGAGGCUGCACCACCUUUAUUUAAGAUGGAGCAAGCUUAUGCCGAAACACAAACCCCAGUGAUGGAGAUCAAACAGGCUGAUGCAGAGAGACCAGUGGAGGAGAUGGCUGAUGCAGCACCUGCAGCUGAGACGAAACCUGUUGAGGCUGCACCACCUUUAUUUAAGAUGGAGCAAGCUUAUGCUGAAACACAAACCCCUGUGGUGGAGAUCAAACAGGCUGAUGCAGAGGAACCAGCGGAGAAGGAGAUGGCUGAUGCCACAACACAAACAGCUGCCAUAGAGACAGAAAAGACUGUUGCAAUUGAAACAUCUGCCAUGGAGUUCGAUAAGGCUGUUGCUUCAACUCAAACUCUAGUGGAAGAGGUGGAGCAUGCAGACACUGCUGCACAAACAGUCCCAAUGCCUACAGAACUGGCUAUUACAGAGGGGACAGAAUUCCUUGAUGUUUCAAAAACUGACGUUAAAAUGGAGCAGGCUGAUGCAGCAACACAAACUACAGAGGUGCCCACUGAACAGACAACUGCAACACCUGCAGUUGAGACGAAACCUGUUGAGGCUGCACCACCUGUGCUUAAGAUGGAGCAAGCUGAUGCUGACACACAAACUCCUGUGAUGGAGAUCAAACAGGCUGAUGCUGACACACAAACCCCUGUGGUGGAGAUCAAACAGGCUGAUGCUGACACACAAACUCCUGUGAUGGAGAUCAGACAGGCUGAUGCUGACACACAAACUCCUGUGAUGGAGAUCAAACAGGCUGAUGCUGAAACACAAACCCCUGUGGUGGAGAUCAAACAGGCUGAUGCUGAAACACAAACCCCUGUGGUGGAGAUCAAACAGGCUGAUGCAGAGGAACCUACGGAGAAGGAGAUGGCUGAAGUCAUAACACAAGCAGCUGCUGUAGAGACAGAAGAAACUGUUGCAAUUGAAACAUCUGCACCACCUGUGUUUAAGAUGGAGCAGGCUGAUGCUGAAACACAAACUCUAGUGGUGGAGAUCAAACAGGCUGAUGCUGAUGCUGAGGAACCAAGAGAGAAGGAGAUGGCUGAUGCCGCAACACAAACAGCUGCCAUAGAGACAGAAAAGGCAGCUGCAGCAAUUGAAACAGUGGCAAUGGAGUUAGAUAAGGCUGAUGCUUCAACACAAACAGAGGACCAAGAGCUGAUUGAUGUUUCAAAAACUGACAUUAAAAUGGAGCAAGCUGAUGCAGCAACACAAACUGCAGAGGUGCCCACUGAACAGACAAUUGCAACACCUGCAGAUGAGACAAAACCUGUUGAGGCUGCACCACCUGUGUUUAAGAUGGAGCAGGCUGAUGCUGACACACAAACCCCUGUGGUGGAGAUCAAACAGGCUGAUGCUGACACACAAACUCCUGUAAUGGAGAUCAAACAGGCUGAUGCAGACAGACCAGCGGAGAAGGAGAUGGCUGAUGCCACAACACAAACAGCUGCUGUAGAGACAGAAGAGACUGUUGCAGACAUUGAAACAGCUGCCAUGGAGUUAGACAAGGCUGAUGCUUCAACACAAACUCUAGUGGAAGAGGUGGAGCAUGCAGACACUGCCGCACAAACAGUCCCAAUGCCUACAGUACUGGCUAUUACAGAGGAAACCCUUAUAGAGGAGAUGGAGCCUACUGAUACUACAACACCUGAGCAAACAGAUGCAGCACAACCAGAGAUAAAGGAAAUGACUGAUGCUGCAACACAGACUUUAGUAGUAGAUUUAGAACAAGCCGAUCCUUCAACCCAAACAAUUGCAGAACCUACAGAACAUGUCGAGACAGCCAUAGAGGGGAUGGAACCUGCAGGUGUUGAAACAGUGUUGUUUACGACGGAGCAGACUGAUGUUGCCACUCAAACUUCUGAGGAGGAAGUGACGGAACAGGCAGAUUCGGCAACACAAACACUUGUAAUUGAGAUGGAGAGGCCUUAUGUUGUUAAACCAGUGGUGGACAUAAAGGUCAGAGAAGGGGAUCAGAAGGAAGAACCAAGGGAGGUGUAUGACAAGAGUGCAGCUGAGAUCCAGACUGAGAGACAGAAACUGAUGGAGUCUUUGGAAGCAGUGAAAGCUGACAUGGAGCUAAAGAGAGCCGACCUGGAGAGGGAGAGGGCAGAGACAGAGAACAUCAAUAUGGUGCUUAACACUGAAAGAGAAGAGCUGGAACAGAUCAGGGCAGAGAACCGGAAAGAGAAGGACACAGCGAGAGGAAUAGCCACACAGCUUCUGAAGCUAAAGGAAGACCUGGAAAGCCUUUCGUCUGAGACUCUCCGGAAAAGAGAUGAGCUGGAGUUGGUCUGUGAGGAGAUUCAGAGGAAAAGACAGGAGAAGGAAGGGGUUGAUGGCGCAGAAAUGGAGAGAACUGAACAUAUUAAGGAACAAACUGAGAAAUCAGUUCAGACAGAGAUGAAGGGUGAAGAAUUAGAAGCCGCCAGAGUUGAUGUGGCCAGAGACUGGCAGGAGUUGGAGACCAUGAAGAGGCAAGAACAAGAGAUUGCAAAAAGAGAAGAGCACAUUAAACUAAAAGAGACUGAGUUGAAGAAAACCUCUGAUGAUAUACAGCAAUCGAAGACUGCAAUGGACAUUCUACUUAAAGAGCAGAGAGAGGAGGCAGAGAGUAUAACGAAGAGAACCCAGAGGGGAAAAGACACCCUUGCAGAGUUAACGUCACAGAUAGAGAGACAGACGGGCGAAUUGAAGCAUGUGUUAAAUGAGUGUGAGAGAAAAACAAAGGAGCUACAACUGAUUGAGGGCCAGCUGAAGGAUAUGAAGAGUAUGCUAGAGACAGACAUUGAACCUUCUAGAAAAGAAGACACGAUGGAAAAGCAAAUGAAAGAAACCGAAAGGAAAGACAUGGCGACAAUGACUAUCACAACUGCUGAAAGAAUCAUGCAACAAGAAGAUGCUGCCACACAGGUAUCAUAUGGAGAUCAAGGAGAGGACAUGGACCAGUUAAAGCACUGGCAAGCAACAUACCUCCAAAAGAGAGAGGAACUUUCACGGAUAGAAAUGGAGGUAAACAAACAAGGAAUAGAAAAUGAGAACAAUAUGAGGAAAAUAGAAAAAGAUAAGGAGAUGUUGUUGAGAGACAGAGCUGAAAUUCAGACAUGUGUACAAGAGCUAGAAAGAGGGGAGGCAACAAAAUGUGCAGAAAGACUCAAACUUCUCACAACAGAAUGGAGACUGAGAGGCUGGGACAUUGAUACACUGGAGCAGAAAGAGAGAGAAACUAUAACGUCUAAAAUCACCGAAAGAGAAGAAAUUGAACGAUUGAAAAAGAGAAUACGUGAAAUGAAAGAAGAACUAGAGAGACGAUGGGAAUCCAUUGAACAAAAACAGAGGGAGAAAGUGAAGAAACAGAGAGAAGUGGACCUUAGACUAGCCGACAUAGAGAAAUACAAGGAAAUGCUCCAGACUGAGCUGAGGAGGGACCGGCAGAGAGCCAUGACGCGGGGAAGAGCGGUGGAGGUUAUUAAGGAGCUGAUGUUCAAGGAAAUUGAAAUACUCAGGAGCACAGACAGACGUGUCAGCACCGAGGAGCUGUGGAGACUAGCGCUACAGAUAUCGCGGCUGGAGAGGUCACUGGUGAGGACCGUAGACCGUGCAGUGCAGACGCAGACGGAGCAGAGCCAGAGAGAAGUAGCCACCUCUCACCUGCAGGAGGAGCGGGAGAUGCGUCUGAGGUCCACAAGUGGGAUGGUGACGGUCAGCACUGUGGUGGAAGGCGGACGAGGGGGGCCCAGAGAGAGCAAAGGGACGCAGACAGGAAGAGUACAGCGGACUUCUCUGGGUCAGAGGUUGCUGUGGUGGGUCAGGCGGUGCUGUUGCUGCUGCUGUCGAACAGAACGCCGGCGACAGGAACAACAGUGGGUGGAGCUUUACGGAGACGAGCUCCACUAAGGAAAGAAAAUAUCAUGACAUACAGAAAAUAUUCUUAGAACUUGGAUGGACACAUCUCAAAUUUGCAAAAAGCAAAAUUGCCAUUUAUCCGCAACUACUUUUUUUGCGCUUGCUUGCUUUGUUAAUUUUAUCUCAUAUUAUAUUCUUUUAAUUUUAUAUACAUAUUAUCUCUGUCCAACAUUUCCUGACUGAAGGAUGAUAUUUUGUCAAGAAUUGUGAAUUUGCAAGUAGAAUAUACUAAAUAAGCAACUUCAAAGGACUCAAUUGGCCAUUACAUUUGGCCACUACAUUUCAAUGUCUCUACAUUUCAUUUCUGAAUUUGAAUUGUUUAUUAUUUAUUAAUUUAUUUAAUUGAAUUUGGUAAUGCAUAUAGGCUUGUGUAUCUCAUACUUUGAGCAGCUUUUAUUUAUUUAAGAACUAUUUACUUAUUACAUGGGCUAUAUUAGUGCACUUGAGGCACACAUUAACUAAUACUUUUGAGUGCUAUCGGGUGUGUUGAGGUGCAAGAUUUAAUGGAAGGUCCAAGAUCUAAUGUAUUCACAAUGUUUGACUACUUGUGUGUUCAAUAAAACGAAUAAACAACUAUUAUACAAGA